CGCCCCCUGCUUUUCUCCUGUUUCCUUGUGCCCUGGGUGGGAGGCAGGUGGUGGAGAUUUGCUUUAAUUGCAAAUAAGCUGAUUGACACAGACCUCAAAGUGAGGUAUGGUAGCUAGACGGAGAAUGUCUUCCGUGCUUAAAAUGAAAUUAAGGGCCAGUGUUGGAUAUAAAGCCAAAGGAUUGGAAUGAGUAUAAUAAAAGGCAUUUUAUAAGCGUGAAUGCCAUACCCCAUCUCAAGGGCUUUUCAAAUAUUAAUUAUAGUUACCCUGAGGGUCACUACUCAGCGAUAAACUUGUGACCAAAUAGCUUUACUUGUCUCUUUUAGAGCUGUAAUGAAGCCCUUGAUUUUUUCCCCCUUCAUUAUACAAUAUUCAAAUUUACCACAUAACAGCUUUAAUGUAAUUGAUGGCUAUGCACUUUUCAUUGCAGGGGUAGGAUCAAGCUAGGACUUCUUAAUAUGACCAGACAGCAAGAGUCCAGAAGUGCACUAUUUAUCCCUAGCAGUUAGUUGGAAGACAGGACAUGCUGGGGACAUUCAGUUAAGUGUGACGGGUCAGGAGGCAUUCUGAGGAUAACAUUCUUCUGGCAAGAACAUAGGCUAGAGCCAGAGUUAGACUUCAGGCCUCAUCCAUACUUAGGAUCCAGAGACAACCAAGGGCUGUAAUGGGGUCAGGAGGUGCCAGCUACCGUUCUUGCAGACUUUAGAUAAUUUAGUUGUAGAGGGACAGUGACACGGUGUACAUCUGCAAGUUCACCCAUGUGUUUCUAUUGCACCACGCCUCAGAUCUUUCUGUGUUUAUUUUCUUAUUUUCUGAAGGACGUGAUGAGUUGUUUGAUCAAAAAGAAAUCUCAUAGUGAAUGACUAAAAUAAGGGGGGAAAAAACCUGAAGUGUUUAGAUAACCGGGCAAACCCUUUAAAAAGGAAAUUGGAUAUGGAAAUUUACCCUAUCAAGGGAUCAAGUGUCAGCAAGAAUUUCUUUAAUGCACUUAAAUACAGAGUCAGGCAUGACUGUACAGGUACACACACCUGUAACCCUGACAUGGGGAGGCUAAGACCGGAAGAUCAUGAGUUCAAGACCAGCGUAGGCCAGUACAGUCUAGGCUGGGCUCCCUAAGGGAGUCCUGUUUCAGAAGUUGAGAGUUCACUGUCACCCUGGCCAGUGGAGGGCACAGUGCUGUUUUCCUGGAGGCUGAAGCUGUGUGUCCCAGGCUGAAGAGCUGCAGGUAGUGCAGUGAGUUCUUGUCAUCCACUUGAGAAAUGAGGAGGGGGCACUGGGGUUCAGCAGUGCUUUAACAACAUGCACAAGGAAUGGCGGGGCUCUGCGGAGGUAGGUUCUUGCUCUGCUGAAGGCACUUCUUCCUGUUGUCCUCAGAAGAGGUAGAAAUGCUGUAUGCAGAUAUUCUCUCUCUCUCUCUCUCUCUCUCUCUCUCCUCUCUCUCUUUCUCUCCUCUCUCCUCUCUCUCCUCUCUCUUCCUCCUCUCUCUCUCCUCUCUCUCCUCUCUUACUCUCUCUCUCCUCUCAGUCUCUCAUUCUCUCUCUGUCUCUCUCUCUCCUCUCUCUCUCUCUCUCCUUUCUCUUCUCUCUGUCUCUCUCUCUCCUCUCUCACUCUCUCUUCUCUCACUUUCUCAUUCUCUCUCUGUCACUCUCUCUCUCCUCUCUUUCUCCCCUCUCUCUCUUAAAAAUAUGACCUUUUCUUUUUUUUCUUUUUCAAAUUUUAUUUUACGUGCAUUGGUGAUUUGCCUGUAUGUAUGCAUGUCCUUAAGAGGGUGUCGGAACUGUGCACUGCCAUGCUGGUGCUGGGAAUUGAACCCUGGUCCUGAAUCAGUGCUCUUAACUGCUAGACCAUCUCUCCAGCUCCAACUCUCUCUCUCUUUUUAAUUUGUUUUUUUUUUCUCUCAUAUCAGGGCUGCAGUUUUCCAUCCCUCAGCCCCUCCCAGACUCUUGACCUUUAUAAAUUGGUUGUUUGACCCAAAUGGUUUAAGUGAUUCUGUUUAAGGUGAAGUAAGCUGAUGGGCCCUUGGUUUAAUGCUCUGUGUACGUGUUAAACAACUGAAGGGCAGAAGGGACUGUGUUACGUUUAUGCUUUCGGAGCGUUUAGUCCGUGGACACUUGGCUCUUUUCUGAGUCUGUAGUCGGGCAGUACGCUAUGAAGGCAGAACACGGUAAACACUGUUUGCUGUUUACCUUAUGGGAGCCAAGAAGAAGCAGAGACAGGGAGGGGCAAGACAACCACCAAAGGCCAUCCCCACUGACAUACUUCCUGCAGCCAGGCCCCACAUCCUUGUGUUUGCAGCACUUUUUGAAUACUGCCCCCCCCCCGACUGAAAAGCCAAGUCUGUAAGACAUGAGUUAUUAAGAACGCAAUUCAUAUCCAAAAUGCCAUAAAGAGUUGUACUUAAGAAUGGCCGAUAGGUAAUAGCAUCUUGCUUUCGUUCUCUUUAGUCCUUAGUAACCAGACACAACAGGCAUCACUGCUUCUAUCGAAGGAAUAAUCCAGACGGGAAAACUGAGGCAGAGCUGUUUCUGCCCAGUAGGACAUUGACAUUGGUCCUGUGUUUCUCUGUGUCCUUGUGAUUUGGAAGAAAAGCAGAUGGUCGGCGUCCUACAGGAUAUUGCAAUUUCUUAAGAAAAUGUGAGGUUUCAUUUCCUUCUUGUUAGAGUCUUACUCUGUAGGUGAGGUUGACUGGACUCACGGCUAUCCCUCUGCCUCAGCCUCCCAAGUGCUGGGAUCAGAGUUGUCAGUGACCCCCGAGUGGUUUUUGUGAGUUCUGAUCUUCUUGACUGCCUUGCUGUGCUGGGUGCUGGAAUCCUUCAAGACGCUGUCUGGGGGACUACUGCUCAAGCAAAGAGGAUGAGCAUGGGAAAGGAGUGCACAGAGGUCAAAGACAAAGGAGCACACAAGCCAGGGACGCUAUUCUUUUUGUACCAAGAAUCAGGUGCCAUUUUAGUUACCCUGUUCUCAGACAUGGCAUAUACAACCACAGGAAUUGGUUUGGAUCCAGAGGAAAUGAAAUCAAAAGGAGCGAAGGCUGGCGAAGGAAGUUUCAGCCACAUGUGGCAAGGCCAUGGUGCUGUGGCAGAGGGAGUCUUGAAAGGUCAGAAGGGAGUACAUGUCUCAUCUCGGAGAGCCUCUCAUUCUGAGAGCUUAAUGGGGCCUCCAUUUCAGUGGAGUUCAACAAAUACUGAGUGCAGUGGCAGCUAGGGUUGUGGCAGCGGAGAGGGUCAUGCUCAGAUAGUGUGUGUCCUCCGGAACUUUAUAAUCUGACCUGAACCUUGAGAUAGGUUUGACCCUUUCUAAUAAACAUUUCAUACCCAUGAAUUCCGUGUGUAAGAUUUCAACCAACUCGCUCUUCCUAAAAUGUAUAUGGAAAAAGUAGACUGCGAGUUAGUGGUCUCCUGUCCCUUCUUGAACAACGCAUGUGUCGAUGUGGUCUUUACAUUUUAUUAGCUGUCAUGAGUGAUCUGGAGAACCCUUAAAGCACACAAGAUGCCAUGGUUUGGGCCUUUUAGAGAGACCACUUGAAUAUCCACAGACUUCAGUUGCUAUGGGGAUCUUGGAAUUAAUCUCUUGCAGGUCCCAAGGGAUUCUUCCUGUGAACAAAAAUAACAUAAUUCCUUUUGGGAUAUAUCCAUAUCCCAGUAUAUGUAAAAUACACACACACACACACACACACACACACACACAGAGUGAAGAUGUCUACAAGUCCAUUUAACUCAGUUCAUCCUUCAGUUAAACCGACAUGCUGCCUGUGUUCAGUCCUACCCGUCAUUACAUAAAAAGCAAGACUUGAUGCCUGGCCAGGAGUUGUCUCUGAGGCAGAGUAGGAUUUCUGCUUCUUAGUCAAAUCCAGGGGCUGUGCAGGUGCUCUGGUAGAGAGAAUUCUCCAAGUGAAGUCUUCAAAUAAUGAUCUCCAGGGCCACUUCCUGUUCACAGUAUAUCGUCCUAUUUCGAAAAAUAAUGAAAACAGGUCUCUCGUGAAAGCUGUGAUUCUGAGGUGCUAAAAACAUCUGGGUGGAAUUUGUAGAGCUCAAGCACCGACUUGCAUACCUUCCGCAUGUCAGCAGAAUACUCAGGAUCUCCAGCUUCGAGAUAGUUCCCUUAAUAAUACAGAAUCCUACCUUAGCCAGGAGCUGAGGUUGACUUGUGAGGCAAGGCUCCGGGAGCCUGCAUUGUUAUGUAUUUGCUAGCUGGUUUGGGUUACUUCCAAAUUGGAAUGUGAAAAUAUCUGUAUCUGGCUAAUUGAAACAUUCCUUUGAGAGGAAAAAUUUGCAGGAGACUUGGCUUAGGGAAGAGGUGAUGUGACUUUGAAGGGCAGAGUUCUUGGCAGUGCAAAUAAAAGAAGGAAUCCAGAGAGCUGGAUUAGAGGACCACCAGAAUGACCAUUAACUAGAUGUCCCCCGGGACCACUGUGGUUCCUCCACCUUCCGUGCCUCUGGUGUUGUUUCCUGAGGCAUUUGUGGUGCUAGGUGUCCUCAUAUGAAAAGCUUUGCCUUGCGAGUUUCUGUUAUGGGAACAUGCGGCCGAGAGCUGAAGUUGUAGAGGAGUGGGGUUUAGGUAGUAGCUAGGCCUCUUCCACAUUUGCUCUGCUUUGCAGACCUCCCAGUUCUACUAGCGCAGGAAGAAGGAAGUAAUUAGCUCUGUUAGUUUCCUAUCGCUGCUGGAAGGAAUCAUCACAAAUUCUGUGGCAUAAACUGACUCAGAUUUAUCAUCUCGCGGCUCUGAAGACCAGAGGUUGGCAGUGUGUCUCACUGGAGUCCUUCAAGGUGUCAGAGACACUUUACUUCCUUGCUGUGUCUAGCGUCUAGACUUCUGUACUGGCGAAUUAGUUAAUGUGCUUCAGCCACGGGUGGGUCGUACGAACCCUGCACCCACACAAAAGCUCUGGUUCCAAGACUGAAAGGUACUCGUGCACGCACAAGCGCACCAGCUAAUUUUGACAUGCCUUGACUAGCUCAGUGUCCAGGCACUUCUUAAGCUCCCGCAGCUAGUAGCAUACAUUCCCCUCCGGUAUUCCUGGAUCGAUACUGUCUAAAUCUAUAUUAUAUUUUUGCAGCUCAGUCACCUUUGGGAGAACCCCCACAUAGGACAGCAUUCCUUUCCACGUAUAUUGCUGGAUGGUUUUUUCUCUUCUGCAGCUCUUAAAUCUGAUCCAUGGCAAUUCUCCUUCCCCUGCUCUCUCGGUCCCUGGCCUGCUCAAUCUAAAGAUUCCACCUCUGUCUCCCUGCCCAGCCAUUGGCUGUAUGGCAGUUCUUUAUUACCAGCUAGGGGCAGGGACCCUCAGGUCUGGAAGUGCAGUGUUGGGAGCAGAAUUAAAACAAAGCAUUAGAACCAAUUCCCAACAGACUUCCCAUGUGGUUUGUUUUUUUGUUUGUUUGUUUGUUUGUUUGUUUGUUUGUUUUGAAUGUAGUUCUUCCUCCAUUUUCCCCAAUCUGGCUUAUACUUUUGAAUCUUCCUGUUUUCUUUGAUUUCCUUAUUGGGGCCCUUGAUGACACAGGGCACCAGCUUGAGAGCCCUAACCUAAUUGCAGCCAUGCAACUGUCUUCAUAGAAAGGAACACAUUCUUGGGUUCUUGGAAUUCAGAGUGGGACACCCUUGGGGAGCCGUUCUCCUCUCUACCACACAUCUGUAUUGUCGAUAGCUGUGUGUGACCCACUCUUUCUGAGAAGAAAUACUGCUAGAACACUAAGUCACCUUUAUCACUCAUGGGGGACCUUCAGCUUCCCUGAUUCAGCCUCUGGUGUCAGGAAAAGGGAGAGAGCAGGGAAAGACCCACACAGUAGGGAGGUGGUUUUACCUCCUCAUCUGAGGGCUGGGAUGUGGAGGGAGGGGUAACCUCGGCUUCCCGCAUGGGAGCUGCAGCUAUUUGAGAUGGUCACGUAGGCUGUGGUGGGAUGCCAAGUUUUAAGAUAUCUGUAAAUCUUUCUACACUGGCCACACCAUCUUCGAUGGAGAGGAAUUUCCAUCUAUGAUAGAAAGGUGCAGGAGGUAAGGCCUUUCUUCCAGCCCUGAGAAGUUAUCUGAGCACUCACUAGAAAAGAAAUUCCUCCACACAGCCUGACAGGGACCUGACAGUCGUCCUCCUCCUUGACUGCAGAAACCCUAGGAGUCUGUCCCCAUUAUCUCAAUGGUGACAUUUUAAUUGUCACUGUAUUAGAUAAGAUAUCUCAGCUUGUAGCUGGAGAGCUAAUUGAGGAGAAGGCACAGUUGAGAGAACAAGCCAGGGACAUUUUAGGUGCACUGUCACCAUCGGCUCCAGGGACAGUUGCCUGUGUGCUGAUUGGACAGAGACAUCCGUGUCAUCGGAAGAAACUUAUCUGAUUCUUGGAGACCCAUAGGCUUCUGUGGCCCAUGAUCAUGCUCUAAGUACACUAGCCUGCUUCUCAGCCUGCAGUGAGAGAGAAACACUGUUUCUGCAAAAUGACCCUGAGCUGUCUAGGGACGUUGGUGUGACCAGGUAGCUACAUUGCCACAUUUGGUCCUCCAGGCACCAAAGAAUUCUGACAGUUUGACACCUUCAAAAAAACACAAAAUAGGGGUUGGGGAUUUAGCUCAGCGGUAGAGCGCUUGCCUAGGAAGCGCAAGGCCCUGGGUUCCGUCCCCAGCUCCGAAAAAAGAAAAGGAAAAAAAAAUCACACAAAAUAGAUAGAUAGCAGUGAGAACCCCUGGACUGUGUUCGCUUGAGAUGUCACCGCAUGGAGGUAUGGCAUUGUAGUCAGAGCCAACAGAAAGCAGCAAGACUUAGACCCAUCUGUAAAAUACAGAAUUUGAGAUUUUCCUUUAAUUAUAGUGAAAUAUUCAUUAUUUCCCCAGUUAAGAAUUUUUGGGAAGAUACUGUUGUUCCUCUGUCUAGAAAUAGCACAAUUUUUUAGUCUGACGGUAUUUAAGGGGUAAAAAUAUUUAUCCUGCAAAUGUUUAUCCUAAAAAUGUUUAUAGUUAAGAGUCUCCAUAGGAGACCAAGAAAUAAGCACAGAGCCUGGAGAAUAGUGUUGGCUUCCUCAGUUCUCAUGGCGUUCGGAAGAGCAGGGUGUCCUGUCACACCCCCCCCCGGGGCUUGUGCUUUGUUCUUGACGGCAUGAUUGUGCUGCUUAAGUGGGUUUUGAAAUAGUUGAACAAGGGAGACAGGAUGCCUGCUAUGGUUUACCCAGUGUUAGGGUUGGGUAUGAGAAGUCCCCUCAAAAGGUUCAUUGAAAGUUUGUUCGGUGCUAUUAAUAGUGACCGGAUCCUGAGUGAUUACUGCCAGAAGAUUAAUCCGCUGACAGAUUAAUAGAUGAAGGGACAGUGAGAGCUGGGACCGAAUUGGAGGAAGUAAGUCAUCAGAGGUGGAAUGCCUUCGAAGGGUGUACCUUGUUCAAGAUCCUUCUCUUUCUCAUUCCUGACACACAAGCUUGCUCUCCUCCACCAUGAUGUUCUGCUUCACUACACAAAGUGACCAUAGAUCGAAGACUCGGAAACAAUGAGCCAAAUAAUGGUUCCCUUUCUUUUGAGACGGGGUCUCAGGGAGUAGCUCUAGCUGGUCUGAAACUUGCUAUGUAGGCCAGCCUGGACUUGAGUUCACAGAGGUCCUCCUGGCGCUGCCUUCUGAGUGCUAGAAUUAAAACCAUGCACCUCUACACCUGACCUUCUCCUCAUUGGGGCUGGGGUGGGCUGGGGUGAUGUAUUCUUGUCAAGAGCUGUGGAAAAGCAACUUUGAGAACUUUGCAGUUUAACCUGGACCACAGCCUGGGUGUGUUGACAAGUCCUUUCCCCCAAUAGUUUUCUAUUACUUCCCCCCCUGUGCUUGCCCCCUGUAGCCCUGUAGAGGGGUUGUGCUUGUUUGUCAUACAAACAAAUGCUCUAUUUGCUAGAAGGAAAUACAAGUGUGUAAAGGAGAGAGAGAGAGAGAGAGUGUGUGUGUGUGUGUAUACAUACAUACACACAUAUAAUAUAUAUUAUAUAUACAUUUAUUACACACAUAUUUAUAUAUACACAAACAUAAAAUAUAUAUUAAAUAUAUAUUUAAAUUAGAACACUGUUACCCAUCAGGCUUCCUGCUGUCUCUAUUUUCCCUCUUCUCCAUGUAAUUCAAAGGCGGACUUUGUCAUGUAAGUCGCUCUUCCUGAAAUAUUUCUUAAUCUCCAAGGUCAGAAUUUGUGCUCUCAAGAGAAACAAGGUCAGCUGUGGUGUGGGGGCUUUGCCGUGGUUGUUGAGUCUACAGAACCUGAAUCUUGUGUGUUAUUGGAAGCACUGGGCCUGCGUAUACCCCUUCGGUUCAGGGCACACAGGGUUUUAGCUGUUUCCCAGGUAUAAGAGCCAUGCUAAGUCAGUGUUGUAAGCAAGAUGCUGGGAUGUGUAAACUUUCUUUAAGAUGCUAAUCCGUUCACAGGCUACUUUUCAAGUCAUCUCAUCUAUCCACACUGUGUGGAUCAACUGUGAAAACACAGUGCUUAGCCAAGCCUAAAUAUAAGCGUGUGGAAGUGCAGGCACACUGCUGGAUUAACAUAGCUGUUUUUUCUGGAGACUGUGUGGUAGGCAAGAGGUUAGGGUUAGAAAUGUAGGGUCGGAAGAAGUGGGCCAGCAUCCUUACGGAGGGCACAUAGAGUAUCAGGAACACAGCCUGGAGGACGAGCCUAGGAGGGACAAGAACCCAGAAGCACAGGAAGUGGGAACUCUUCUAGAGGGAGGGGUCUGUAUUGUCAAGAGCAGCAGCCACACAGCUCCAAAUCUGUCUGUACCAGGUCUGGGCUAGGUGGCUAAACCAAAGUCUGUAGCAGAAACCCAAAGCUAAGGAUGCCUCAGUGCCUAUAGCUCGGCUGAGUCACAGCAGGACCCUGGUGGUGGCCUUCCUUCCCGGGUUUUAGUGGGCCUCAGUCUAGUUUGUGAGAGAUGAGCUCUUCUGAUAGUAUUUUAACAGCAUCAUUAGCCCCUUAUAUCUGUCCUACACCGAUGGAUUCAGUCAGCUUCAGAGGGAAGGUAGUUAAUAAAGCACCCACACUGAACAGGUGCAAGCUUUCCUUGCUAUUCUUUCCUGAACCACACAGUACAAGCAUUUACAUGACAUUUACAUUGUAUUCAGUAUUGCAAGUAAAUCUUCAGAUGAUUUCAAGCACACAGGAGGAGAUGUGUGGGUCGCAUGCAAAUACUCUGCUGUUUUACAGAAGAACCUUGCUUGAGCUUCUGUGGGUGUGGGGCAUCUGAGGGGAGGUCUUUGAACAAGUUUCCCAAGAGGCUGCACUGAUGUAGCUCAGCGCUUCGGAUUUUCCAUAAUUUAACAAUUUCUGUUUUCAUUCCUCAGUGAUUCCGUCUGUAAUGGCCGAAGAAAUAUUUCACUUUUGCACAUCACACUAAUUCUUUAGGACCUUAAAAUUUAAUGGAACACUUUCUGGUUUUUAACUGCAGGAAAAUAAAUUUGAUUCUCAUGAAAAAGCCACGUGAAAUCGACCAAUCAUUGGCGGCAACCUUUGCAUAUUGGACAUCCAUAAUUAUUCUCUUAAUUUUUAACUUCUGACCAUGAUAUGUAAACUUGCUUUCAUUUGACAGGAGUGUUUCAGUUGGUUGUCUCUAGGUCGAUUUUACUUGACAACAGAACAUAUCGUUGAACUCGUGGGUGGAAGAAGAUAUGGAUGAGUCUGCUUAGGCUGCUGUAACAAAGUAUCCCAGACCGCGGGGCUAAACAACAGCAACUGGGAUUUAUUUUCUCAUAAUCUGGGGUCAAAUACUUAGCAGAGUUUGUUCCAAGGACUGCGUUUCUUUCCUGUUUCUGAUAGCUGUUCCAUUUUUUUGGCUUGUAGCUGCAUCAUUUUGAUCUCUGCCUCCCACCUAGUGUUCCCUUACAUAUUUUUAUUCUCUGAAAACGCACACCUUUAUAUGAGAUACAUUGUUUAUUUAUGUGCUACAUUGUUUAUAUGAGAUACAUUGUUUAUUUAUAUGAGACACAUUGUUUAUAUCCAUCCCCUACUACCUUCCUCCAGCUCCCUAGUACCAUUCUUCCGUCUCCCUCCUUACCUUAUGUCUUUUUUUUCCCAGUUAUCAAUAAUUCCAAGUUCAUUGAGUGCUGCCCAUAUGCAUGUGGAUAUGUGGCCACCCUACAAACAGUCACAAAGGCAAAGGGGAGUGAUGUUCAGAAGCCAUCAAUCACUAAUAGUUCCUCUGUGAUAGGGUGGGGCCUCAGUCCCACCCCUCCUACCCCCAUCCAUGCUGGAAAUUGGCUGGCAUGAUCUUGCACAGAUCCUGUAUGGUAAGCUCAGCUUCAGUGAGUUGAAGCAUGCAGCUAUGGCGUGCCUCCAAACCAGUAUUUCACAUCUCCUGGGGCCUGUCAUCUCCUAACCUUCUUCUGUCGUCUUUUCCUCAGAUCUCACUGAGCUUGGGCGCUCAGGGGAGGAUGGUAUUAUAAAACUCAACCCACCAGAGAGCAUGGUAGACUAUCGUAAUAUCACUGUCGGAGGCUGGAGUUAGGAAAUGUUCCUCAGUCUUUGAACCGUGAAUGUUAAAACCGUGUCUUAUACUUUGGAAAAGAAAAUUCCUGCAGUGAGGUCCAACAUCGAUUUCUCUUCAUUUUAAUAUACACUUGAUUAAAAUGUAAUUUAAUUUACUUGAUUAACCACACCAGGUAGUGUGUGGGGGGAGAGAGAGAGAGGGGGGAACGAGAACCAAAGGAAGCAUGAUGUCAUGAAGAGGAAAUGAAGGUAAAAGGCCAAGGGCAGCUGUGAUCAGCAGCCUCGGUAAUCCUGAAAGUGCUUCAGAUGUGGAGAAAUCCCUGACGUGCUCCAGGCACACUUCAUAUAACGAGACCAAGCGGGUCAAUAUUAGUGAUGUGGUAGAGUCUCUGCUCUCGUGUGACUCUCACAGUUAAUAUCAAUGGAAACAGGUCCUGCUGUCAGGGUUCAGAGGAGGAUGGUGAAUGUAUACCUCUCUUCCUAGACGGAGGUCGGCUCCAUUCUUACUGUUAGAGCCUUUACCUCCUGGUGUAACCUAGGCAGCAAGUCCACCCAGUCUGGAACAUGGCUCCCUGCCUGCCUCCUCCAUUUGCAGCAAUUCUCUUAGAGGCCGAGAGGUCACUUAGAGGGCAGUCUGGGCAUGGACCUGGAGACCAACAUGUCUCAUUCUGUAGCUACAGCAUAAGUGGUUUGGCCAGCCAUCUGUCUCCUAGAGCAGAGACUCCAGUGCUCAGUGGCUGUUCCUUUGUUUAUAUUUAGUAACCGGUGUUAGAAGUGAUCAUUGUUAUGGAGUCCUGCAAGAUGGGUCCACGGCCCGUAUGACCUGCAGAUUUCCACAUCCGUGCAGGGUGUUCUUAAAUAUAUCCUCCCUGGGACCCUGAAAUGGGCAGAAUGGCUUCAAGGGAAAAAGCUGAUUUGUGGAGGGGGGUAAAGGAAAAACACAAUCGUUUGUUGUCAUUAAAGUGUCUUCCGUUCACUUCAUGAUUUUGCCCUUUUUGCAUAGUUCAUUCUUUUUUUUUUUUUUUUUUUUGGUUCUUUUUUUCGGAGCUGGGGACUGCAUAGUUCAUUCUUUGGCUGCAUCCCGUACACUUCCUGCUAAUAUGAACACCGAUGCCUAUUUAUUUAUUUAGCAUGUAUGUGUGUGCAGGGUGCAUACGCAUGCAUGCUUAUGUGUGUGUUCAUGGAGGCUGAAAUUGGUGUCUGGCGACUUCCUUGAUAGCUCUCCACUUUAUUUAUUAACACAGGGUCUUUCACCGAACCCAAGCUCGUUAGCCAGAUGGGCCUGGGAUCUCUGUCUCUUCCUCAUAGAUGCUGGGAUCGUAGGCAGCUGCCAGGCCGCCUGAGCAUCCUAACUCUGCUUCUCGGCCUUAAGACAAGCUGGGAUUUCAUCCACUGAUUCAUCUCCCAGCCCCCCACACCUUCAAAAUAAGAUAUUUGUGUUGACUGUCUCAUGUGUGCAGCUACCGUAGGAGGCAGAGCGUGAGGGUUUUAUCCAUCAGCUCAGGUCUUCUGAAGACCGCAUCCCCUCCUGCAGAUGAUUCAGAGGCAGAGAGGCCGUGUGUCCGAGGUCUGUUUUCUUCAGUUUUAAGGAGCCUGCGUUUGAAAUACGGUGUGAUGGGGCCUUCGCUUUCACAGUUGGCCUGGUGCAUAUCUCACAGUUGAUAUUUUAUGCCUUGCUCACAUGAUACGCACAUGUGAUAGGCUCAGAAUUUGGACAUGUACGCUCCCUCCCCAUCUCUCCUAUUUCCAUUUAAGAUUUUAUUCUUACCAACACUGCUAAUUUUUUUUUUAAAUCUUAAGUUUUACAUGCCUAUAGUUCCAGCAUUUUGUGAACAUUUUGUUUCUCUUAAAAGUGCGUAUGUUUUAAUAGACCCUUGGUGACAAGAAGAAAUUUAGCCUUAAAUUGCAGUACAUUUCAAAUCAGGUGUUUCAAUGUGACAGUUUCUAAAAGGUCCAGCCAUUUGUGGUUUCUUACCUACAGUGCACGGAGCAGAGCCACUCACUACCCAAGUAUGGCUUGGUACAUCCCUCUCAGCAGUUUAAAUGGGAAUUGGAAGCAGGAGGUGCUAUUAUGAAACAAAUCUAUUAAAAUUAGCAAGCAGGUUCAGCUGAGAUAACACCUGGGGAUACAAAGAGCCGUUACUGUAGUGGGUCUUCAGGGAGUGGGUCUAGGUGUUAGAGAUAAUUACUUCAGUCAACAAAUCUUGGUUGAGCAACUACCAGGAACUGAUACUUUUCUUAUGUGACAGAAAUGAGCGCUGGAGAUUGACAGGCAGCAGAGGAUUUUAGGAGCCAUGGCCAAUUAAGAUCAGUCAGAAAUGAAGAUGAAGUGUUUUUUAGGAUCGUCAUGUGGGGAACAGCGUGGAAAUAGGGCUGAUGAUAAGGAUCCAGCUUCCAGCCUCUCAAGAACUCGUCUGAGGAGUAAAUGAUGCAGGGGUUUGGGGGGGGCUCAGCUCUGAGCGUCAGCGAAAGGCUGUGCGAUUCUGUCUCUGCUGUGAACAAGAAAGUUGACCUGGAGCAUAAACAAGACUGCUUCAAAAAGGGACGUAUCUUCUAAAAAUGCUCAGAUUUUCUACUUAGAACAAUCACAGCGGUGGUGUUUUCACAUCUGCGAGUCAGACAGUUUUAAUCUGGGAAAGGUUAAGUGUUUGACAGCUGCUCGCUCAGAGUCUAACCUUUAGAUGCGCUCAAGCAACUAUGCUUUGGUCUGCGUGUGCAUGUGUGUGCGUGUGUGUGUGUGUGUGUGUGUCUGUGGGCACAUGUGUGUAUGUGUGUGUGUGUCUAUAAAACUGCCCAAACACAGUCUAGUAACUACAAAUCCUGAGAUCCCAGAGAUAUUUUCCCCAAUUAUUAAGGUUUCUUCCAGUUACUCACUUUUUUCUCUUCUGUCUGGGGUUAUCGUCACACUUGCUCUAAUAUCUAGAAGAAGUGACUCUACAGUCACGGAAUUGAAGCCAUUUGCAGCAAUGUAAAUGUCAGAACAGGAUGAUUCCCCCUCCCCACCCCUCCGUGCCUUACAGGAUUUUGAAUGAGGGAAGUAUGACUGCUUCAUAUGAAGAAGAGAAAUGUGUGUUUUUUAAAAAUCAUUUCACCAGUAUAAGACUAAAUAUGAAUUUAAACUUUGUAGAGCAAAGAGCUCAUACCCCGAGCUUCUGGUAAUUAUAAAAGAAGGGAUGUAGACCACAGGCUUUCUGGUAGUGUGUUCGAUGUUUAAGUGCUUCUUGAUUAAUUUCAAGGUAGUGUUCCCAGAAAACAUUUGGUUCAGCAGGUUGCAGUCCUCUUGCAUCAGACGUCUGUCCUGCUGGAAGAACAGGGCAUGGAUAGAAAACAGGAAAGACCAACCAUGAGCUCUCCGUAAGCCACAUUGCUCUCUCUGGAAACAGUCCAGCUCCUUAGCUUAGGACACUGGUUGCUGGAUGUAGACAGCAUGCUAAAUAUUUUACAUCUAACUUUACAUAUUUCCAAGACACAUGUAGGGGGCCAUACUAUUCUCCUCUUUUACAAUGACUACGUAGGCUAAUCAAAAUUGAUCAACUAGCAGUUCGGGGGAAGCGUUUAAAAGUACAGAAUCCUGGCCUUGCCUUGGGCGGUUAAGAUUUUGAGAUCUUCCAGUGGCUCCUCACCAACAGGUUUAGAGGGCACACUUGUGUGGGAGAUCCAGUCUGCCUGAGUCCCGAUGUGGUGGAACUGACAUUGGUUAUAGCAUCCUGGCACUUCUGGGUCUUUCUAAGGUUGGCCCUCCCUGCCAGCAUCCUUCACAGGGCCUCCGAGAAGAGACAACUGCAGGAUUUUUUUUUGGUUCUUUUUUUUCGGAGCUGGGGACCGAACCCAGGGCCUUGCGCUUCCUAGGUAAGCGCUCUACCACUGAGCUAAAUCCCCAGCCCCAUAACUGCAGGAUUUUUAAGUAGCCAGCUGUUGGUGAGCUAUUCCAAUUACUAGCAAGUUCUGCUCUGAUCAGGCAGGCUCCUGCCUUUGUCUUUCUAGUUUUGAGCUCUGGAGCUACCUGGGAGACGUCCAGACCUUUGUGUGGUAGCCCUGUGGCUCUUUGAAAUAACCAGUCUUCUCCCUGUUCAAGUAUUUCCUUUCUAGAUUGUGUUAGAGGCCAAGUAUGACUCCCUCCCCACCUCCAAAAAUCAAUUUCCCCACAGCCUCAACAAAUAGCCACCAGCAAUCCUAUCCCUGACUUGUCAGGGUCUGUGCACCGUGGCCGUUUCUUUCUCAUGUUUUUUUUUUUUGUUUUGUUUUGUUUUGUUUUGUUUUUUGUCUUUUUUUUUUUUUUUCUUUCUGUGCCUCCCCUGGAUUCCCAGUUAAUAUACUUUGGUUUCAUACAUCGUGACGCUAGCUCCGAGUCAGUUUUCUGCACCACACAUUUUGUUUGCCCAACACGACCGUCCACGUUUCAGGUCAGAGUCCCGAUGGCUGAGGGCAACAGGAACUCAGGCGCGCAGAAAAGUUAGCUGUGUGGAGGUGAUACACAGCCCCAGCUCCAUGUAGCUUGUGACCUCCCGGCCCUGGCAGUACAAGACUGGCCUCGACAGGGGACGAGCAAGUGGUUCACGAACAGUUCCACCGCCGUAUUAAAAGCAAACAUACUUUUCCCUCCGAUGCUGAGCCCUUCAGCCUUUUGUGUUUAAACUAUUUCCCAUCAUGUUUGAACUCUCUUUCCUGGAACAAACAUUUAUUGUAAGUAGUGUAAACAGCUGCCACUCUGUUUGUGUUGACUUUUGUAUGUCUCUCCUGGGCCAUUAUUUAGUUAAGCGGAAAGUCUGGAGACCUCAAUUCGUGUCUCUGCGUUGUCACCAAAUGGAUAGCUUAGACAAAUGUUUUAAAUUUCUGGUCCAAGGUUCUCUCAUGAAACAUCUGAUAAAUACCUUCUCUUGCCUUGUGGAUAUGGCUGGGGAAAGUAGUGGUUACCCAGAGCCUUGCAACAUCCAGAGAAAUGUGUUACAGGAAGCGAUAUUAUGCUCCUAUGAAUUAUUAAUUACCACUCUUACACACGCUACUGUCAGUUUCUCAGUGAAGUUUAGACUCCAUUUCUGCGGUGUGCUGUUUAGACUUUGUCGGUGAAUUUUUGUCAGUGUGUUAGUUUAGACAAGGUAGAAUCAUUAAAAAAAUCAUUUGCCACAUAAUUCUGACCUUUUGGGGCACAGACACAGAAACAAUUCUUGGUUAGCCUCAGGUCCACUGAUGGUCGAGUGUAUGGGCCUGCUUGGUCCCUUUGUUAUCAGGAAGGAAAGAGGUAAGAGACCUUCCGUGGCUUGUUCUCCACUCCUUCCUUGGCAGUAGAUUGGACACAAGGAGUAGAGUUGCACAUUCCUCUAGGUGUGGGUGGGGUGUCUGCCUAACGGCUGGGACAGCACCUUUCAAACUGUGUCUGAGUGUGAAUUGCUCCAUUUUAAUCUUUCCUAAGUCACUGGGAAUCACCUGGUGCUUUGCUGGGACUUUAAAGGAGGGCGAUUGGUAUAGAAAGAACUGUUGUCUUGCUAGGGUGGCUUCACCAUUUCUGUAUAAUCCCAGUUGACAGCCAGAGCCUUUCCAGGUUCCGUUUUCAGAAGCUCUCCGACCUUUGCCAAGUUCUGGAAUUGUCCAAUUUUCUUCCCUGUGACAUACCAGUGUUGGUCAGUAUUUCCCCUCUCUUUGAAGAUGUGUUAGGGUUGCAGGUGGUGUAAUAGUUCCUUUCAGGUCUCUGUGACCACAGGUCCUGACAGAAAUAGCUUAAGACAGCAGAAAUUUAUUUUGGCUUACAGUUUCAAAGGGUUGCAGUCCAUGAUGGCAGAGAAGGCAUGUUGGAACAGGUGGUAAGUACAUGGGGCUGGAGGCUGUUCAGAUCACAGCGGCACAGGAAGGGGAAGCUGAGAUGGAUGGGUAACAGGUAGCAGGUUUCUUGUACGAGUACUGUAAGCCUUGUGUGAGUUAUAUUUCCUGGGAGUUUCAAAGUUAAGUCAUGGCUUGACCUCAGGGUCUCCACAGUGACCUGCCUCCAUCAGACAGGCCCCCACAUCUUAAAUCUUACAUAGCCUCUUCAAAUAGUGCCACAAGUCGAGGAUCAGACAUUUAGAACACUAGCCUGGGGAGGGGGAGGGUAUUGCAGGUGCAGAGAGUAAUGGGGUUAAUUAAUACCUCACAAAGCAAAAGUUUCGUAGAGCGGGAGGUGCUUCAGAAAUGACCCUGUUGUUUGGUUCUCAUUCAGAAGGAGUAGAAAGGAUAUCUUGUUUCUUCAAAGCACUUUGAAAAUCAAAGAGAGGCUGUUUCCCCUCUUCAGGGAUGCAGGUCCUGUGUCCCAAAGCUCUGCUCAGUUGAUCUAGUGAAGUCACUACAAGUAAAUGGCGUUUUACUGGUCUGCCAGAACCUUCUUCCCUCCGCAGACCGUAACAGGCACAUUAAAGUGUAAUCAACAUCUAGCCACUCUAUGCCUGCAGUGGGCCAAUUAGAAUAUCUAACGGCCAUAAAGCUGGAGUUAAUAAAACAUAUCUAAGAAAUGGAAAAAUAAGAUUACACGUGUCAUUUUGGCCUCCAUUCAAAUGGCAGAGAACAGGGCGGCAUGGAGACCAAGCCCAGCCCAUGUCCAGUGUCUUUUCACUCACGUCUCGUGUAAAAUGGGGCCUCUUCCUCCGCCCUUUAACGCAUUCUGUUUUAAAUCUUGGCAUAGAGACGGUUUACGAUUCAGCUUGAAAAGCAAAAUGAAUGUCGUUAUAAUUCCUUCACCUCUCACUGUUUUCCGCUUUAAGACAGUCAGUUCUGUGGCAAAACCACCCUGUUCUCCUCACAAGUCACAAUGCCAGAAAUAUCUGGAGAGAGGGACGCUUUUAUUUUAACCACGAGUGAGCUGCUGUUUUCCAACAUUGACCAUACACAUGCUUGUUGAGAAGUUUACCACUCUGUAAUUGCCCGUAUUUUUUCUGACUUAGCUAUUGUAUAUAGUCACUGACUUACUACACGUGUGUGCUUUGUUGCAAAGGCAGCUGUCUGCUGAUACGCUUGGAGAACCGAUGGAAUUUUCAUGGGAACUCUUUUUAGAACCUACGGGGUUUUCUCGGAAACUCUUUUGUGCUUAAUUUCAGAUAGAUGAUGUCAGAGACCAAGUUACUGGAAGAUAAUGCAUUUGGAAGCUGUCUACCAAUGGGCUAUGCUUAUCUAGUUUUGUUUUCUGAAAGAUCCUAAUACAUCUUUUUGAGGAUAGGUUUUUGAAUGGAGGAACAAAAAUGCCCUAGAGUGGACAGAUAAGGAAGACCGCAGGCCUCUGGUUGCAGGGUUUUGUCUCUCCCCCAAAUCAUUUUAUCGUUAGUCAUAGAAUUCAUAUUUCAAGCACAGUUGUCAGCUAAAUUAAACUAAAUAUUAUUUAGUGCACAGCACUUUUUAACCAACGCAAAUGGGUUUUAAGAGGGCAGCAGUUGCUAUGGGUCUCCCUGCGGGAUUUUCUUCCGGAGCCGCUGGUAUUUCGGUCCAUUUUGCAUCCGUCCACACUUCCUACUUGUGUUUCUGGAUUCCCGUAUGACUAAGAAGCACGGGGUUCGAUCAACUUUAUUAACAAUAAGUAAUGGAGUGCACUCUUUCAGGCCAACCCUUAUUUUAUUGUGUAUCAGCUUGUAGACAUUUGGCUAUCCGGACAAGCCAUCAUUUAUACCCUUUUAAAAAAUAUUUAUUGCCUCCCUGACUAAUUGCUUUUUAUGUGACUUAAAGCCUUUUGCAUCGGUGCCAUUUGUUAAGGCACAGCCAGAAGCAGGCAAAGCAGUCCCAUUUUUCAAAAAUUUAGUGUCAUUUUUAUAGACAAAUAACACUUGUAAGUGAUGGAUAACAGCCAGCAGGGUGCCGUGUGGUGUGAAACGCGCAUGAAUUAUAUUUUCUGGGAGUUAGGAGGUUAACUCGUCUAGGAACUAAUUGAAAAGCUUUAUGGUAAAUGCAAAAUGCUGUGCGAACAUUAUCGACACAACUUAAACCAGCUGAAAAAGGGGUUUUCCUUCCCCGGGGUAUUAUUCAUUACCCCAUCCUCUUCUGGCCAGCUGCUAUUAGAGAAGAGUAUCUAAUCAUAAUGUAUCUAUAGAUUUUUUUUUUUUAAACCGAAGCUCAUGUCUCGGGCUUUCUUUAUGAGGCUCUGGCAGAUGAGUGCUUCUCCAUUAGACGGUGGCGGUGAGCGUGGACUCCACACUGAUUGCUGAGUAAUGAUACCAUUUCCUAUUGGCAGAGGCCAUGUUUACCAGUCUGGCUGUGGUCUCAGACCCCGGGGAAACAGAUCGUGGGGGUAUAGACUUGGCUUCUCCUACAGCUGCCGAUAGAGAGCUAAGAGGGAUUUAUCACCAACUUUAUGGAGGAAAGAUAACACAGUUUCCUUUCUUUCCACACUAGGCAGUAGUGUUGAGUUGGAGCACGCCAUCUUAGUAGCGAGUGAUAUGUCCAGCCAAGCUAGGCAGGGUGGCGUGUGCCUUUAAUCCCAGCGCUUGGGAGGCAGAGGCAGGUGGAUCUCUGUGAGUCUGAGGCCAGCCUGGUCUACAGAAGGAGUUCCGGGAAAAUGGGGUGCAUAGUGAGAUCCUGUCUCAAAACAAAGGAACGGACAAACAAGCAAGCAAAGAGUUCAGUCUGUUGUUAAUAUGUGGAUGAGAACGUCAGAAAUGUCACUUGUCGGAAGGUAGGACCUGGCUCGUUCAGUGAAGCUGUAGGCGUGGGCAUCCACUCUGAGGAUGCUGGGAGAAGCGGCCCUAGUAUCCUGUAUGUCUCCCGCUGUGUCCUAGCCGCUUUUUUUCCUGUUUGAGUUAGUGCUGGGAAUGAGAAGAAGGAAAGUAUGGGAAUCGUAGGAACAGAAUUUCCUCCAUGACUGAUUCGUGUUUUCUGGGCUGCGGCGCUCAUCUCUUCCUCAUUGGUGCCUCUAAGUCUCACGGUAUGCCUGGCUCAUUUACUCUGACUAAUGUCUGUGACUUUACAUCUUCCAGCGCUCCUGGGAAAGUUUGUUAUCUCCUUAAAUACUUGGCUCUCUUUAUUCUCCUUCGAAAUAUGAUCAGGCAUCUUUCAGUAGUUCCUAUUGUGCUCCCCACCUAGGCUGACUGGUGCUCCCCACCUUAGGUUGACUGGUGCUCCCCACCUUAGGUUGACAUGACCUUUAUAUUUUCGUUCCUUGUUCCCCAGAACUGUCUUCCAGUUCCCCAUCUUCUGGUCAUCGAUUAGCUUUGGCUAAUGUCCUAUAGAAUCUGCUCACCGACUUUUAGUUUGAAUAACUUCCAAGCCUUUGCUUAGCCUGCCUAUAGGGACUCAGUCUGACUAGCAGUGGUGAGAGACUGAAGAAAAAGACAGACACACAGAAAGCUGGGGUCGGGUGGCCUGGGUGGCCUCUCCGCUGGAGAGGCCACACUUCCCAAGAAGCUCAGAGUGCUUAUUACAUGAAAUUGAAUAAAGAGCCGGGGUUAUUAUGUAUAGCAGAAUCGCGGCCUCAAGGUUAUUGCAGAUAAACAAGGAGGCAGGCUAAGGUUAUACAGUUGGAUCAACAGACAGGUUUAGCUGAUCUUGGUAGAACAGUUUUUACAGGCAAGCAGUUUUCAGGCCCUACACAUACACGGGGGAAAGCCAUGGUGAACAUUUUCUACACACACCAUCUACAUCCAAACACAGACCAGACAGAAGCCUUUACAAUCUCCUCUGAACUUCACCUCAGGAAGGACACGCUGCCCCUUUCCCAUGGAUCUGAGGCUCAGGUCCUUGACAAGGCUGUGCCCCUCUCAGCAACAUACAUUCAUUUGGGUCUUAGUUCACGCAGGGUUUCCUCCACUCUCCACAAAUAACCGAGGACUUCGGUCAUCGUUGUUGUUGCGUGUUUCCUUAAAAUGUUUAUUGACUCCUUGUAAAUCCGACCUGUUCAUUUCUUUAAAGAAUUGCGGUAAAAACCACAUUACAGAGAAGCUGCCAUCUCAGCCACUUCUGUGUACAGUUCAGCCAGAGCUAUUCAUAUUCCUGUGAAGCCGACGGCCACAACUCUUCUCAGUUUGCGUAACUGAAAGCGAUGUUUAAAACCCUGCCAUUUCCCCCUCAUUUUUAAUUAAGUAUUUUUAAUCGACCUAAUGGUAUGCAUUUAUGGAAUGCCAUGUGAUUGUCAAAUAUAUGUGUACAUCAUGUAGUUUACAAAUGAGCAUAAAUACAUCUCUCUGACACCAUUUCUUUACGGUGAAAACAUUGCCAGUCUCUUCUUCCGGCCUUCCUGAAAUACUCGGAACAUUAUUGGGUGGCCUCUAGACACUGCUCCAGAAACCGGAACUGACCUGUCCUCUAACUGAAACCCCGUGACACUGGCCAGCCUCCCAUCUGCCCUGCCUUCCUCGUGCCUGGUCAUUUCUGACAGGUCCUCUCUGUCUGGUCGUCUUUGAGAUUCUGGGUCUUGCUUCCUUAGCGGUUCAUGUGUGGCUGCUUUGUAUUCCAAAUCUAGCAACUGGAACAUCUGAAGUCCACGGAGUGUUACAUCUGUGUUUUGUUAUAUCCUUGGACUCUCUUCUUUGCCGGUGUUGUUUGGUCACCAUGUGUCUUGAGCAAACCUUAAUUGCGAGCUCAUCUCUGAUUGAUCUUAAUCUGGAGAAAAUGCCGUGGGCCCUAAGUCAUGGGUGCUUUUCUCAGACCGCUUGCAUUUGCUUAGGAAAGACGUCAUGGUGCGUCUUGGGCCAUCAGAGAGCCUUCCAGAUGUCGCAGGCUAACCCAGGCCCACCUGACCAUAGAUUUUUGGUCCCAGUUCCCUUCUGGGUCUGAAUGAGCACCCACAGUGGAAACCUUGUUCUUGCUCUCACCCCCCCAGGUAUUGGGGGUAUUAUUGCUGUUUUCUUUUAAACCCCACUUUGGAGUGAAAAAAACUGAUCUGGAUGAAACAAUGUGUUUUUAAGCCCAUGUUCUGGUUGGCUUACUGGUUGACCCCAAAGUAUUUAGCCAGCAGCACUUCUGGAAGGCUGAGUUGGAUUAAAGGGCCAUUCAUGAGGGCAGUCUUAGGGCUCCUCUGCUGGGCAUGAGAAACCUUUGCCUUGUCUUCUCCUGUCUCUCUCAGCUUCAGAUUUUAUAGAAUCACCCAAGGAGGAGUCUCUGGGCAAGAUGAGCUCAGUUGGGAAUCUUUCUAUCAUCUGCCUCCCUUGAGUAGGGGCCAUUGCUCCUCUUGGGGUUUGGAAUCAGGUACAGUUUUCUCCAGCCUCUGCCUUGUAAGUAUGUACAGGGUGAACAGCUUCCUUUAUUGUGGGAUCCUCCCCCUCCCCCCUUUUUUUUCUGAUCUGCUAGGCUGGCUGAUUGCUGACAUCCCGUGAAAGUCAGCUUCGAUAUACAUUAGAAAUAUUUUGGAUUUAUAGGAUCGUAUUGCCUAUAUGCAUGCAUUUGCAUAUUUGUACGUGCAAACCCCAUGUGUACAGUGUGUGAAUGCUCAAGGAGGCAGUGUCAGGUCCCCUGGAACCGGAGUUACGGAUAGGUGUUAGCCAGCACGUGGUGCUGGGAAGUAAACCUUGGUCCUUAAGAGCCAGUACUCUUAACUGCUGAGCUGUCUCUGCAGCCCCUUGUUGAUGGAUAUCUUUAUCCCCUUGGAGGACAUAUUCUUCGCUCUUUGUGAGUCUGAGAUAUAAGACGGGCGAGCUGAGAACCAUCAGACGCUCUGCACGAUCACAAAGGCAGAAUGUCUUUUUGGUAUGUUUCAAUUUUAUUUAAAAAUUAAACAAGCUAUUCUUGGAGAAUUUCACCCACGUAUAGAGAGAAUUACGGUCAGGUUCUCUUCCCUGCUUGCCUUUUCAGCUCCUCCCAGACUCUCAAACAUGUCCAACAUGUUUCCUUCUGCAUUCAGUGAAUCCUGCUCAUAUACACAUGGACAUGGGCCAUCCAGAGCAGCCUGAGCAGCCUUCCAAUGACCACCAUCCCAAAGAAAAGGAGGAGUCCAGCUGGGUACCUAAUCCUCACAAGGGGCCUCCCUGUGCAUGCUGGGAGGUUGACUGGCUUAAUCUUGUGCAGGUCCUGGCCUGUGUUAUUUUUUAAAUCACCAUGCUGCAGGGGUCUAGACAGAAACAGGGUGGUGUGUGUAUAUAGCUGUUCCUCUUUGGAGGUUGGCCUCUCGGUCUUCAUCUCUGUACCUGUGACUCGCUUCCAAAGAGCAGAAUGUCAUGUUGAGAUGGAGAAAGCUUGGUCAACACUUCUCCACUUUGGUGAUUGGAGUUGGCAUCCGUGUGUUGCGCCUUUGGUGGGAAGAGCUGAGAAGGGCCCUCCAACUGUUGCAUUAUCUGAAAACCCACAACGGCAGUCUUGGGAGGAGCGAGGUACGGGGUGCAGAGCACCUGUCUGGGGCUCCUUCAUACCCCCAAGCCCACCAAGCCUGAGAAACUGUCACAGACCAAAGUUGGUGAAGGCACUGUGGCUACUGCUGACGUGAUGGAGUUCAGAACAGAAGAAGGAGAUAGGAACAUAGCGUUCUAAGUCUCAAAGAUCCCUGUGGGGAACGUUAAUGAAGCAGCCUUGCUCCCUUAAGCUGUGACCAGCCUGCUCUUCAAGAUAAGUAAAAUGAAGCGGGUGGGGGCUAUACCAGAGUACCGUGCACUCUAUUUGGAAAUAAAAACGUUCCGAUAGGCUUCACGUGGCUCUGUGAAUGAGGUGUGUAUGUGUUAGAUUUGUGUGUAUUUUGGCAAAGCCUUUGACUAACUUAUAGGAGAGACAAGCGAGGUUGUGAAGGAAGGGCCAAACCGGGAAGUAUAUUAACCUCCAAGGCCUGGCCAUUGGAGCCAAAUUUACCACCUGGGAAGCCCAGUUUUGCUUCCCUGCCCUGUGACUUUAGGUAGGCUGGCCUUCCUGGUGUCUGACUAUUGAAGUGUUCCCAGGAGGGAUGGUAUUGCGUGUGCGGCUCUCCUAUGCCAUGACUCGUGCGACUGCAGCCAGUAGUCACUGUUUCCCUCGGUGUCUUUCCCCCUGUUCAGGUGACUGGAAGGGACGGCUGUGCAGGGAGCACAAAAGUGAGCCAGUUCAGAUGACACUGUGCUCAGAGGUCAGGGUUGAAAUGGAGCAAGGACAGAGGACAUGCCUCGUGGGUCGUUUGGUAGGAUUGUCUUCACUCCUGCGUGCCAGACUCCUGGCUGCUCCCUGACGGUCUGACUGAUUUGUUUGCUCCGCAGAGGAAGGUUUAUCCAAAGAGGCCGUUCUCUUCUGUGCUCUUUGUGGGAGAGGUCACCAUUGUGGUCACUGCCGUCCCCACUUGUGAGGCCUCUGUGCUGGAUCCUGGCUGUGGUCUUCUUCCACGACAUAUGACCUCUCUGCUGAGUUCUCAUCCACAUGGAAGCUUUGAUAUGGCUUCAGGGUCACAUCGGGGUCACAUCGGGGUCACGUCAGCCCCCUUCUCACCAUCACGUCUUCAUUAAUUCAUUUUGAAUCCGGAAAAAGGUGGACAUGUACAGUGCUUAUUUUAAAAGUAGUUAUUUGUAUUAAGAUCUAAUGCACACCAUAGAACUCAUUUGUGCCUUGAAUACGCACGGCAGUGGUUUGGGUAGCGAUGUUUGCAGCCGUAACCACGAUCAGUUUUAGAGUAUCUUCCUGACUUUACUGGUCCAUCCCAGUGUAUGGGGGUUCACUUACACAGCCUCUCUGAGGCGUGUCACGAGCUGUCUUUCUGAGGAGAGGUAGCCUAAUAUCGAGUGUCUCAUUAUGAUAUUGAUUUAUAUCUCACCUAUGACUCAUGAUGGUGAGCACUUAUCGGCUGUUAAUAAAUCUUUAAAGAAAUGUCUCUGUAAGUCUUUCGCCUGUCUUAGGUUGGUUAUUUUAAUUAUUGUGUUGUAACAAUUCUUUAUAGAAUUCUUACUUGGUGUUCUCGCCGAGGAACCAGGUUUGAUUCCUAGCUUGCACACACAAGCUCACAGCUCUCUGUCACUCUAGUUCCAGGGCAUCUGGUGCCCUGUUUUGGCCUUCAAGAGUACCAGGCAUACGCACAGGGCAUGUACAUACAGGCAGGCAAACACUCAUACACAUAAAAAUAGAAGAGCAAAUCCUUUGUCUGGAGAGAUGGUUCAGGGUUAAAAAGCAGUGGUUGAUCUUCUAGGGAACCAGGUUCAAUUCCCAGCACCUAGGUGGUGGCUCACAACUGUGUAAAUCCAGUCUCAGGAGAUAUGCUGCCUUCUUCUGGCUUCCUUGGGUACUGCAUGUGUGUGGUCCUUAGAACUGUCUGCAGGCAAAAUAACCAUACCUAUAAAUUUUAAAAAUAAAUGCACAAAAGAGAAAGUAAAAAGAAAAAAAAACUUCAUGUAUUUGCUAGGCAUGGUAGGACAUGCGUUUACCCAAGAACUUGGGAGGCAAAAGGAAGCUGAUGUCUAUGAGUUUGAGGCUAGCCAUGACUAUAUAGUGAGACUCUUGUCUCAAACAAAAACUUUUUAAAAUAUAUUCUGUUUUUAUAAGAUGGUUUGCAUGUCAUUUUCUAAUAUGAUAUGUAUUCCUUUUCAUUAAAUAUAUAUGUGUAUAUAUACAUAAAUAUAUACAUGCACAGACAUAUAUUCUCAUAUCUAUAUUUGAAUAUAUAUAUAUAAUAUAUAUAUAUUAUAUAUAUAUAAAAAUCUGGGUUGAGACAGAGUCUUAUACUGUUUACUGCAUACUCCAGGCUAGUUGACCCUCAACUUUCCAGGGCUUCUUCUGUCCCUGCCUUCCAGCCCAGGACACUGAAGUUGCAGACUCAUAAUCUGAAUUUAGCAUUGACUUCUGUGGGCUCUGGGGACCCUGGUCUGUACUGCAAAGCAAGCACUUUACCCACCAGGUCAUCUCCCAAGCCUUAUUUUUACUUUUAAACAUAUUGCUUUUAGACAAGUAGUUUAAUUUUAAUAAAAACCACCUUAUAUUUCUUUUGUUACUGUGGCAUUUCAAGUUGUAUCUGUGAAAGCUCGGUUGAUCAAGGCAACGAAGAUUGACUGUGUUACAAUUUUAUGUUUUGCCUUUUAGUCUAGGACUUUUGAGUUCAUGUUUAUAUCUGAUGUGAGGAAGAGAUCUUUUGCUUUCUUGCAGAGGGAUCUGUGAUUUGAGCUAAGACUAGACAGUGACGAAUGUGUGUCUGGGUCACAGGUACAUCUUUGAGUGCUAAGUCUCUGACGCAGUCUUUUCAAAGCAGCACCUACAAUCUUGUGUUUUCACCUGGAGAAGUGUAUUAGAUGUGAUUUCGUCGUGAAAGGCAAGAGCAUAUGUAGAAGCCUUACAUGAUUCCUCCAGUCAGUGCCUACACUCCUCUCUUGACCUAACUGCUGUCUUUUCUUCGUGGGCACAGUCACUAUGAGCCACCAGCGCCUGAGGUAGUGCAGUGAGCCUUAGACAUUAGUAUAUCAAGAAGGUGGAUGGAGUCUCAGGGGUCCUCACACAGCCUGCUAUUUCACCCUGUUGCAUGUUGGUCUACCGAAAUAACACAUACAGAACAAAGAUAAAUUAAAAACCCUAGGGACAGUGAUGUCUUAUGCAAGAUUAUAUGUGCGAUGGGUACAUGGACUAGUCUAGGAGUCCAAGUUUAGGACCUUGGGGGAUGUUCUCCAUUGGAAUACAAGAUGAUUCCAAGUGAGUCUCAAAACUAUAUGAUGCAUACCUGCAUGGUGCCUUCCUGACUGAUGCAUACCUGCAUGAUGCAUACCUCCUACAAGCUCCUGGCAUUGUGCAGAUUGUGUAUUAUAUUGUAUAAAAUACCAACCGUCAGUCCACAACUUUUACCCAGCUCUGCUGGUUUAAUCAACAAAUUGGUACAUGGCUGAAAAGGUAUGUGUAUACAUUGUAUUUACUGUAAAGCUACAUGUAUACAAUGUGUUUUCUGUGAAGCUAUGUGUAUACAAUGUGUUUUCUGUGAAGCUACAUGCAUCAUUGUGUUUACUGUGAAGCUAUAUGUAUACAUUGUGUUUACUUCCUUUACUGAGGCUCUUAUUUUUAAACUGAAAACAGGAAGGGGCCAUCUUUAUAAAAAAUUAACACUUAAACAGAGAGAUCUCUGGGUAUAGAAGAUCCAUGACAAAUUCAGUUUCUGUCUUUUCCCAUUGUGUCCUUGGAUUAGCCCCCUGAGCCUCAGUUUCUCCUAGAGUUGUUGAGAACAAUGUAUGGCCUAACAUUUGUAAAGUGCUUGCCACUAUUGACCACUAGUUAGUAACUGGCUGCCAUUUCUGACUGCUGGCUCUCAUUUUUUUUCUCCCCAUGGGGUCCCUUUUCUGGUUCCCAGUUUGAACACACCCUUGAUCAAUCUUUUCCUCAGUGCAGGGGAAUCAUUGACUCUCUAGUAUGGUUUACUGGAGCAAUUUAAGAAUUGAAUUUUCCUUCAUUUUGUGUUUGUGCAGUUGGUGGUGGGUUCCCAAGGGAUCUAUGAGGGAUGGUAGAUAGGGAGUGUCAGUUUGGGAGGGACAUAUUCCAAGGGGUCUGUAGAGCCAUGUCUCUUCCUGCCAGGGCAGCUCAGCUUUGGAAAUGCAGGCUGCUUCUCUGCCUGAGGGAGAUUUGCAAGCAAGCAUCCCAGCUUUCCAGUGCACCUAAGGAUUUUUCUCAGUAACCUGAGAGAAACUUGACAGCAUUGUGAGGAGUUUACACCCAGGAGCAAGAGCUGGUGAGAGAGAGGAGGUGACUCUGAGGAAAGGGGAAGGGCAGACUGUCCCAAGAGGGGGGAUGCAGUUGCCAUGGUGCUGUGGAAGACACAGAGGAUGAUAACGAUAUUGAUAAGAAAAAUAAUGAUAAAAACUAGUAGCAUCUGUUGAGCAUUUACUGUGCGAUAUAUGUCCUACACGAAGUGCUCAAUCACGCGUCUAAUCAUUUCAUAGGCACAGAGGCUCUAUAGAGCAAAACCAAGCAUCAGAUUAAAGAAUUUAUUUCAAGGUCACCCCGCUGGUAAAUGGCAGAUGUAGGCAUUUCAACAGAGAUGCCUUUUAUUCUCAAGCAUGAGAGAGACAGGAAGCCUGUGAUGCAUUUCACUGUUUCUCCUGCUUUGCUGUGCAACCAGCUGUUCACAUGAGGCACUUGAGGGCUCUGCUGACCGUUACCCCAGGGCAAAGGCAUGUGCAAGACUGUCCCAGGCAAGCCAUGGAUGGUCACAUGUAGAUAGCAAUUUUCAAACAAUUAUUUUUGAAGCCAAAAUAACCCCAGUGACAUAGGCUUAUUUGGAACAGAUGGUGUAUUGUAAACAGACAAGGGAAGGAAACAGAGCUGCUGGACUCCUAUUUGGAUCUUGUCAGCUUUAUCAGGAAAAUUAUCUUGGCUUUGGAAAGGGCAGAGUAAACAUGUUUAGGAGAAAUUAAAGCCUGAGAUACAGAAGAUAAUGCAUUUGGGUCUCUUGGGCAGGGCAAGAUCUUGGAGAUGUGAUUGUACAGCCAUCAAGACAAUGCUUUGUGGGGUUGGGGAUUUAGCUCAGUGGUAGAGCGCUUGCCUAGGAAGCGCAAGGCCCUGGGUUCAGUCCCCAGCUCCAAAAAAAAAAGAACCAAAAAAAAAAAAAAAGACAAUGCUUUGUGACUCAGGGAAAAUAGUAUUCCAGAAGAUCGGAAAUUAUUUUAAGCAGUGUGUCCCACAAGGGGAAAAAACAUGGUUUAGGAACUACAGGUGGGCAAGAGCGUCCAAUUCUGAUGAAAUUCUAGACACAGUAUCGAGCUUGUGUUUGAUAUGUAGGUCUGCAGUGACUAGUGGGACAGAUGUGGUUCCUCUCAGAACAAGGUUUGUCCUUGUUUGCAUGGAAUCAUUAAUGUAAUACAAGGAGGGAGAGAGACGGGGGAGAGAGGGAGGGAGGGAGGGAGGGAGGAAGAGAAGGGGAGAGGGGGAAGGAGGGAGGGUGGAGAGGGAGAUUCAUGGGGUGGGGUAUUGAUCUCCACAUGCCACUUGAGAGUCUCCCAUGUCAUGGACAAGAAGAAAUGUGAGCUAGGUAGCUCAUGCAGUUCAAUGCAUCUGUUUGCUGAGCAGCCACUUCUAAAUGGGUAAUGAUUAGAUUGAUCUAGAAACUGUGGACCGGGAGCUACAUAUAGCCCACCACUUACUUUUGUAAAUAAAGUUUUAUUGGAACGUAGUUUACAUUUAUUCACUUACCUGUUAUCUUUGGCUGCUUUCACUCUACCAUGGCAUUGACGAGCAGUUGUUGCAAAAAUUACUUGUCCCACAGACCCUAAAAUAUCUGCCGUACAGAUCUUUAAAAAAUCGCUUUCUGGCCAACAGCUCAGAUAUGACAACUGGUUCCUACUAGGACUGCUUUAAAAGGUUUUACUGAUGUUCUGGCUUUGAUCUCUUUACACCUAACUCCUGUCUUUAACAACAGAGUAAGAGUUCUUGAAUUUGUGCCUGGCAUGACAAUGGCUUGCAGGGAGAGCGGGAGACCCCUUAGCAGGGAGGAAGUUGAGGUAGAGAAUGCUGCAAUGGGCCGGGUACCAUCUCUGCUUUCUGUUAGAGCCUAUGAUAUGUAAACCAUCGGUAUAGGAGGAAGGCAAUAGGGUUAUCCUUCAGAUGAAGGAGUAGGGACUACAAAAGUUGUGAUACUAAAAUAGUAAAGGUGAUAUUGGCCAGCGUUAUAAAUUCUGUGGUCAUGUACCAAAUAUCUUUUGUGGAAGCAUUGGACAGGACCUUGUAAUUUUCAUGAAUAGAAAUGAGGGUUAACUACAAACCUACCACUCUACUAAAGGCAUGCUCAGAAAAAAUGAUAUUAAGCCAACAGAAACAAGUAAGGACAUGGUGGCUGCAUUUAUGUAGUCACUGGGAAAUCAAUGGUCAAGGCUUUACUGUACUUGGGCUCCAUCACACCAAUGAGGUACAAGCUCCUUGUGUGGGAAUAUAGCCAAUUCAGCUUUAAUGCUCAAAAAGGGUAGCUCUUAACAAAGAGGCCAGUCACAUUCUUCUUACAGCAUGGUGACAGCUAGAUGAAGCAGAGAGUCAUUCAGAAUGCUGCUCUCAGACCCCAGUGCUGCCAAAAAGCAAAACCUGAAAUUCCAUGGUGGCUCCCUCCCAAGCCCACACCCAGCAAGGUUCAGGUGUUGUGUAAAUAAAGUCAACAGGCUGACUUUUGAGUAAAACAUAAUUUCCCAACUGCUGCCAAGAGGAAGAUAAUUGGUGCUAGAAGUAACUGUGAGUGACUUUUUGAUUUGCCGUUGUUUCAUAUCAUCUCAGGGUCUCUUCACCGUAACUGCAGGGACUUCAAAGCUCUGCAGAGUAGACUCUCAGGAUAAAAUUUCCCCUCCUUUCCCCCUCUUGCCACAUUCCUCCGCACACUUUAACAGAAACCUCACCCCCCCCCCCCCGAGGAAGCCAGGAAUUAGUUGCUUUGCUCUCUAAUUAUUACAAGUGUGUUAGGCAAAUGUCGGAUAGGCGAGAGCUUUGCCUGCCGCAGGUGCGCAUGCCCAGGCAAACGCACCAGGAGGUUGAGGAUGGCAAGUGUGUGGUUGCUUCUGACCCUGUCCAGCUUGUCCGGCAGACUUCAUUUAGGAUGAUGCUCUGUGGGCUAAGAGGACACACUGGGAAUUUCCUGGGAUGUACAGUACGUUAUUUUUAGUCCCUAAUGGCGGCGAGCAGACCUACUAUGUGAAUGACAGUUUCUAAUUUUGUUAUAGAUGACUUAGGGUAGAGCAGAACCAGGCAGUGUAGAUAGUAUGGGAGUUUGGUGUUAUCAGUUCUUUUAAGGAUAUGUUCCAAGCAAAGGGGUGAAACUCUCUCCUUCUGUAAAUUCAUGUGGGCUAAGAGAUGGAAAGAGUGGGCGUCAACUCCUCUGUUGUUCUUUGUAGUGUCACUGCGUGAUUUUGGUGUAUUUUUAAAAAAACACAAAAAUUGAAAUAAUCUUUUUUCUUCCCCCUGUCAGCCAGGUUUUAAUAUCGACAUUUUCAAAAGAAAUUGAAUGCUGUGAUUGCUCAACCUGGGAAUGGGGCUUCUCAGUGUUAUAAACAGAGCCUGUGUGGACUGUGAGGGACAGAAAACAGCACACGAUGAGGACAGGACAGAAAGGAUCCGUAUAACACACUUGAUUCCUACUCCUUCCCUCCACCCCCGCCCUACCUCUCAUUCCCCUCCCUCCACCCUCAGCCCCCAAUCCUGGCUUAUCAUUGAGAUCCUGGUUUAUCAUUGAGAUUCUUUGAAAACCGCAUCUGUGUUCUGUUGAAUGUGUCUCGGGUCUUGGAGGCUCACAGCCUGGAGAAGUAUUGAUUGCAUUUAAGGGUCCAUUACUUAGGUAAACCAAAUAAUGUAACUGAUCUUGGCUCUAAUUGAUCAAAUCUCUCCCGCAGUGUUGGAAAGAUUGUAAUCUAAUUACUCUGGUUCCAUGGUUUCUAAGAAGAGGGUUAUACUUUGAUGAAAUUGACCCCAUGUUAGCAACCUCACUUUCUUCAGGUUAUCCUUUAAAUACAUCACAGCAUAUGCCGUACACACACUACACACUACACACACUCACACACACACACACACACCACAUACACACACUACAUACACACCACACACACACACACACCUCACACAUACCACAUACAAGCAUACACAUACACCACACACAUAACACAUACACAUACACACACACACUACACACACACACACACACACACCACAUACACACACUAUACAUACACACACCACACACACCACACACACACACACACACACCACACACACAUACGACAUACAAGCAUACACACACACACAUAACACAUACACACACAUACACAUACACACACACCACACAUACCACAUACACAUACUAUACAUACACACACCACACAUACCACACAUACACACAUCACACACACACACAUACCAUAUACAAGCACACAUACCACAUACACAUACACCAUACACAUAACACACACACAUACACAUACAUCACACACAUCACACACACGCAUACACAUAUAUCACACACACACACCACACAUACAUACAUACACACACACACACACACACACACACACACACACACACACACACACGUCGGCACACUGUCCAGCUCCCUGUGCUUGGACUUGACUCCACACCUACAGUGGAUGAAAAAUGGGAGCCAUGUUAAUUUUUACCACUUGAACUCCGUAGCUUGCAGAGAGGGUGUGGGAAGGUACUGCUGUCAGGCUCAACUCCAGCCUCUCUUGUUUCUCCUAACAAGCUUCGCUUCAACCCAACUCUUUCCUUCUCUGGAGAUAGAAGAUCUAUUUUGGCCUCAGAACAUUGCUAGUGCGGUGUGUUUGAGACCAGAGUUGAAAGCUGCCGAGCUGCUGAUUUAUUGACUGCCCUGGCUUUAACUGGCUCCUCACUAGCAGCCCCUGCUCCUUCCCCAGAGGCAUUAAAUUGCUUGAGCUACUGUUUUCCCGCUCUUGUUCAAAAUAUCUUUUUGCUUCCCUUAAAAACCACGAUUUCAUUUUCACUUACCGUGCAUGAGUGGGGAACCCUUGCUUCAGCAUGUAUGUGGAGGGCAGAGGAAAACCCGUGGUUUUAGCUCUCUCCUUCUAUCAUAUGGGUCUUGGGGCUCAGCAGGCUCCCCCUGUUUGGAUUUCCUUAGUCAGAUACGGGCUAUAUUGAUAAUUACACACCUGUCCAGGAGUGGAAGUGACCAAAUCUUUAACGAAGCAGCUUAAUCAUCUGUUUGUCUGUUCUGUUUUGUUGAGCCCUAAGUAAACCUAGGUAACCUUGGAACUUGUUGUGUAGACCAGGCUGGCCUUGAACUCACAGACAUUCACUGGCCUCUGCCUCUUGGCUGCUGGGAUCAAAGCAGGUACCAGAAUGCUCUGCUGAGGAUAACUUACUGAUAACGGUUUGGGGUAGGAGGAAUGGGAAAAACCACUGGGGGAACUCAGAAAUUUAGGGACUGACUUCUCUCUAAAAAUGGUUAUGACUGCUGGAAAGUCCAAUCUCAGUUACAAGGGGUGUGAAUAGAAUCUGAGGAUUUAUGUUCAGGUAGGGGAAGACUGCAGCUAGUGUACUUCGGUGUGUGACACUGUUUGUGUGGACGCCCUUCAGUGGGGCUGCCCUCUCAUUGGCUUUUGCCAUGGUGUUUCCUGAAAAGGUUGCCUGUAUUAUUUUAUCACGUGCUAGUUAGUACAGGAAAGCUCAUCCACACUUGUGUGAGCGGCUCAGAAAUAGGAGAGGCUUGGGUAGUUUGAACCCUUUUGGAUCGUAUGGGAUUCUCCAGUGAACAAGAUCCUACCUGCAGGGAUUGGGGAUUUAGCUCAGUGGUAGAGCGCAAGGCCCUGGGUUCGGUCCUCAGCUCCGAAGGAAAAAAAAAGAUUCCACCUGCAGUUUCCUUUCUCUUAGGAAAUCAUACUUUGUUAAAUGUAGAAUGCUAUAAUGAAGGAAAUAUUCAUCUCCGUGGGCUUAGGACUUGGUACCCUUUGCAUCUGUCAGCGCUACCAUUUAAUUGGGUUUACUAUUACAUCCAGAUGUUCACAUCGACAACAGUACAUUAACGCCUCCUGCAGGUUACACAGAAGGAGUGAUGUGAAGUCACAUGGAGGAGUUACGGACUUAGCCUCCCAAGUGACCGUAGGAUACUUGUAUUUCCUCGGUUUGUGAUUUAAAAAGUUCCAAGCUUGUGGAGAAGUUGAGAAUGGUGCAGUCAACAUGGGGCGCCCUUCUCCUCUGCACACGGGGCUCAUUCACACCUCGAGCACGGGGGUGGGGGGCACUCAGGGGCUCCUUCACACCAAGGUGCAGGGAACACUGGGUGGCCCUUCUCCUCCCCUCGUGGGCACAUUCUCACCUCAUGCUAAUCAACCCCUCUCCUUGCUUCACAGUUGUUACUUCUGCUUGCUGGACUUGGGGACAGUGCCACAGAUCCAGUUCAUUCUAACUUCACAUGUAUAGUCUUCUGUUUUUACCAUGGAAACAUCAGUUUUCACUUCAAUAAAAUAUCAUCUAGCCUGCACUUUGUAUUUUUAGUUGCCUUGGCACUUGUCCUUAUAAGUAUUAUUCCCUUUAAAGAAAAAAUUGAGAAUCCAAUCAAGAGCCUCGCGUUUCUUUAGGGUCUGAAAUGUAGACCCCUCUCCCAGCUUCUCAAAAGCCCUUGGUGCCAUACACCAUCUCGCAUGGUUCCAGGGUUUCUGGUGAACAGUUCCAGUUGCCUCUCCUUAUAGAGCAAUGUUCCUCCCAGGAGCCGCAGGCUGCCAAACAGAAAGCCCUGUGCUAACUGUGUGACGCUGACCUUCAGGUUGUUCGGGGGUAUUCUUGAGAUGCCCUAAAACAGUUCUUUCACCCUUGCUUUUGGGUGCCUACCAGAAUUGGAUGGUAAGACCCUAUUGCUGAAGACAGCACACACUUUUGUCACAGGUUAUGGAGAGAUCAAAUUGGUACUGUCAGGGAAGCGUCCUUCCUUCCCCACUGGACACCAGCACUGGAAGGUGCUCUGUGGAUUGCUGUGGGGAGAAAAGUCCUCAAUAAAUUUACCCAGCUGUGAACUUUAUACUAUUGAUUCCUGUGCCCAGUAUGGGACCUCCAUCCCCAAAGUCAUUGUGUAUGCAAAUGCCAGCCUGUCUUUAGGGAGAAAAACAUUCUGUGUCAUUUGAUUUAUAAUCCAGAUUUCCUUUUCAUAUAUUUAGAAUAGGGUUUUUAAAUGAAGUUUGUGAGUAUAAAUACCAAUAAAUAAACCCCAUGUUGAUUUUGAAUAUAAUUGUACCUAGCUCAUUUGCAUACUUACACACAGUAUCUUAAAAUCUGCAUUUGUGUUCCUGAGAGAUGAAUUAUCCUUGCUAAGGGAAGUGUGGAGCUUUAAGCUCACCCGGGAGAGACCGCGUAGGCGUGUCUCUGCAGAGAUGCCAUCAAAGGGAUUUCGCAGACACUGGAUCCGUGGCAGCCUUUAAAACAAUGCUCAUCUGAAAAACUGCUUGUGAUGAAUUGGUUUCGCUAAUGAAAUCAUACACUUCCAUAGUGCAUUAUGUAUAAAACUAGACUAGGAAAUAAAUAUAAUUAAAGUAAACAUGCCCUUCUAAUUAGUAAUUGUUUCUGCCACUUUAAGCAAAUUUUAAGAGUCACAGAGAGCUGUUCCUCUGUAAACCUAAUAAUGAAGCUUGUGGUAACAGGUGUAAAUUACCACAAUGGAAAACAUUUACACUGUAACAUGCUAAAUUAAAAAUGACAUUAACAAGCCCCAUUUUCAAAUUCUCUGUAAUUAACAUUUGUUCAACCCAGACGUGAAUAAGUGCAGUGCAGUGGUGAAUGUCUUUAUUUAUAGCUUAUGAUAUUUGUCAUGGCUUUAUCUUAGUUAACUGGUAAGCUACAGAGAAGCAUUCCUUCCUAAACUAUGUCAUGUUUAUGUAAUCUCAGACAGCCUGACAUGAUAUUUACCGGCAUCAUUAUUGCGGAUAAUAUGCAGGUAUGCCAGGAGAAUGGCUUUGGUUGGUGGUAAAGCUUGACAUGAAAUAUUGGGAAUGAGCGGAGCAGAGAGAUACCCAGGUACAUUGUAAUAAUCCCCAUGACAUGAUGAAAUACUAGGAUUCCCUCUAGUUCACCCCUCAAUACACACAUGUGCUUCUAAGUGCCUUGAAUCGAUGCCUGUUUCUGCAAAUAAAUAUUAUCUUAAAGGCGUUCUUUUAUGGUGCUUGUUAAUAUAAAGUACAAGGCAGGGAACAGCAGAAGCAGCUUUGUGGUUUAAUUUGGCACCAAGGAUUGGAAGCUUUGCUCCUUGUGGAGGACUUCGUCCGCACACUGGAGAGAGAUGGGAGAGCCUACUGCAUUGUUAGCAUACAGUGGUGACUGUUUAAACUCAAGGCUUUAAUUACUCUAACUGUGUGUGGUAUUUUUAAAGAAUGUCUCUCCUUUUUAUUAAAAUGAGUAUUCUGAUAUUCUUUAUAAGUGUUCAGCUAUUGAUGCUGUAUUUGUGCCAUUAGAUGGCAUAUUUACUUAUCUAAUUGACACAUAUUUUCUUAUCUAAUUGACACAUAAUUGUAUAUAUAUCUGUAGGGUACAUUGUGAGGUUUUGACAUGUGUGCAAUGGGCAGAUGAUUGAAUUAGCGUAAUUUGCAUAUCUGUCACCUCAAACACUUCAGGUUUCUUUGUGCUGGAACACUAAAAUCCUCUCUUUUAGCUGUUUUGAAAAAAAAAUGCAAUAAAUUAUUGUUCUGAUCGGAUUCUAGUAAGAGGAAAAUCUAAGAAUAUACACAGCAGGUUUUAAAAAUAAUUAAAAGCAUGUUCAUUUAAUUUUAUUGAGAUAGUUUAGGGUUUUCCCCAGAGUUUGGGAUUCUGAGAUGCAGUAACUCUUUAAGUUUGGAAACUCAAAGGUUUGUUGAGACAAUGAGGGAGAGCCUUUCUGAUAUCAUUCACCUUCCCUCAAUGCCAGGACAGGGACAGGGAACGAGGAGGGCUGUGUGAGCAUCGGGGUUUGAGAUCCCUCAGGUGAAGAACGGACUUUUCAUAUCGCAUUGGAAUUACGAAUACUAUCAGAAGUUCGCUGCUGAAAGCCCACUGAGCACUUAUUAGAAGAACUGUGGUAUGCUCACUUAACGUGGCCAGCAGUUACCAUGAUGGAAGCCUCAGAGGUUUACAGGUUGAAGCAUAUAACCAGAAGCAUUUCAUAGUUUAGAAGUGUUACAGUUUAGGAAUAUCUAUGCAGAUUCUGGUUGAGCACCCCUCACCUGAAAAUCUAAAAUCUUGCUGACAUGAUGCUUAAAGCAUUUGCAAGCUUGGGGCCUUUCCUGUUCUGGAUUUUGGGGGUAAGGUAGAUGCUCAAGUGUAUUUUAGCAUAGACAGUAGACAGCAUGCAUGCAUGAUUGACUCUCGCCCCACACCCAUUUUACAGAUGCAGAAGAGGUUUUUAGUUGCCCGCCCUAAGCUGUGGGUCAGUGUGCGGUAGAUGCUUUUAAAGCCAGGGGAUGCCUGUUUCCAAGGACCUAGAUUAAAAUGGGGAGUAUUUGUUGAGACUCCCAGAGGAGGUGCUAAUGGCAUCUCUUGGACUAGGGAGAGGCUGCAUACAGUGGGAGCUCUGCGUGUUAACUGUCCACAGUUGCAUGCACAGCUGCAGGUAACCAUAGAGGCAGAGGUCUAGCAGAAACCUGGCUGUUGCUGGUGGGAGGUGUCUGCUGGUGUUUGGCUACUGUGGUUCUCUGGUGCUUUCCGUCUCUGACUAACACAGGUCCCUGGAAUAAAGACAAGUGUCAGUGGCUUCUCGUGUAGCCCUUUCCACAUCUACUGCCUUUGCCUAUUUGUCCCUCCCUCCCUUCCUCUCUCCCUCCCUCCCUUCCUUUACUGUCUUUCCAACCAGCACCAUUGCAGCCAAGUUAAUGAGGUGCAUAUGAGCCUCUGUUGAUAAGAUUGGAAGUGAUCCUCUGGGUCCUCAGGCUCCAGAGGCUCUCUCUCACAAAGCAGAGUGCUGUCCUAGCCUGUGUUCCCCGAAGCUGGCUCCUGCCCUGCCCUGCCUCUUCACAUCUUGCCUCAUGGUGCAAGGCAAGGGUUUGGCCAGCCCACCGGUGUACAAAGCCACGCCUUUAGAUGCACGGUUCUGUUGCUUUCUCUUCUCUGGCACAUCUAUCUGUAGAUUAUUUUUCAAGAGAUGUAAACUUAUCAGCUACUCUCACGCUAAAGCUCAGAGGUCACCCUCUGAGGGUCAUGGUUUACGUCCAGUGCUCAGUUUCAUGUCACGCUGAUCAUCCAGUGUCCGGCGAAGCAGCAAGCACCAGGCCCAUCCACGGAGGAGGAGGUGAGACAGUGUGCAUUUUCCUUUACUGCCCAGGGAAUUUUAUUAUUUCAUCUUUGACUGCUGCAGUGGGUCAGGAGAGCGAACUUAAUGUCGGCAUUUGGAUUUAAGGAAAAAAAAAAAGCAAGCAUCUUGGAAAAAGAUCCCAGGGUCUGUUCAGCUCUGUAACUGAGGGUCUGAAGGAAGGGAGGGAGGGGUAUGCAGUUCGGAAUACGUUUAGUCGUUCCAUUCAGAGCUUUCCCCGCCCCCCAUACGUGUCUCUUAGCGGACAGCAGCAGAUGGAAACAGAAAGCUAGCUCACCCAGAACAUCUUUACGGACACGUAUGAACCUAGAGAGUGUUAGCAUCUGUAAACGAGCGUUUAGGGGCUGUGCUCCAUGGGAAAGGAGCCUGGAUGCCAGGAGAGGGGAAAAUGGAAGGAAAUAUGAGCUAUGCCCUUAAGGCACUGAUGGUGCGGUAAUCGAGAACCCAGGCACCUUGUGGCAGAGCAAAGUAGGGAGAAGCAUGAAGUCACAGCUCUGAGAUAUGUUCAGUCCAAGCCCUGUGGCCAGAUGGGAAGAGAGGAUGCUGGCGUGGCGAGGGCUAAUUGCUGGAGUCAUGCUCAGGUGCGAGCUGCUGAUUAGGAAAGCCCAGAGCACAUAUGCUCUCAGGGGACUGGCCAGGGUUAAAGAAACCGGCAAAAUAAUCCUGGCAGCGAAUUUAAACAGGAGCCGACCUCUGUAAGGUGCAAAUGUAGAAACGGAGACUGGGCAUUCUCAAAGAGAAAACGUGAGAGAAAGCCUUAGUAACCUGUGCAAACUUCUAGUCUCCAGAGUGGAUUACCAGGGGUCUUUGGAAGUGGGUAUCCAUGAGUAGCCCCUUUUACAAGUUCACCAUUAAGGAACUCCAGCUCUAUGUUUCAGAUGGCUGUAGUAAAAACAAUGCUAUUUUUUGUUGCAUGCCCUGGCAGGACCAUUUUAUGUUUUAGCAUCUUGCUCUGAGACCCUUUAUUUAUCCUUGGCCAAUUUCUUUGACAUUUGGACAUUGCGACAUUGUUUCGUUUUGAUCUGCUAUCCUCCCCAUCCUAUUCCUUAUGUGCAGCAUAGGUAUACACUGUGCACACCUCCCAGCUGGGGAGCAGCGCAGUUUGGCUGUUAGGGGUGCAUGCUUCAAAAGCCAUGGGGACAUGUAGCCCACACUGCCAUCCCACUUUUCUCUCCUUCCUGUCUGGGGCUGAGGCCACAACUUUUGUCAAAGCCAAAUUGAUACUCUUUUGAUGGGAUCAUCGGGUUCUUUGGUAGCUCCCCGGGAGCUGGUCUUGGCGGUUGCAGAGUUUCUCCAGUGUGCAGAGUAUCACACGGUUGCGGUACUGAAAGGGUUCCUGGUAUUUUAAUGUUCCAGUUUCUGGGCAUGAAAAAUGUGGAUGAGCUAAAGUCUGUUUGCACCGGUAAAGCCUCUUGCAAGUCUUUAGGGAUUAGAUGAAAUCCUUCCCACUUAACAAAACAUUCUUCAGAGUUGCGUCCUACCUGCAUUCAUGGAUGGACUUCUCCUCCUUCAUUUUAGCAUCCACACACCCUGUAGGUUUAUACCAGAAAGAACCACUGGAAUGGUUGUUCCAGCCAGGGAACCUAAAAUUACAUCAAAAAUGUUCUUCACACAUGUGUUUAGAAAUGUAGUGGUAUUAGUUGAGUAGCUAUGAUAGUCCAGGCAGUGUGUGUGUGAGAGUUCAGGCUCUUCAGUCUCAAACCCCUGAGUCAUCCUGGUGCAGGUGAGCUGGAGCACUUCCGCUGCUCCUGGAGCAGCAUAGAGCAUGGACACUUCCUUAACUCACAGUUUUGGAAGCUGAAUGUCCAAACUGCAAGGCACCAGCUCUGCUAAGGUCCCUCUGGCUGAAUCACAUCUCGGAGGAUCAGUCACGGUGGUGUGGCCACAGAGCGUCAAGGUCACAUGGUGAAGCAGGAAGCCAGAGUGAGGAGAGGGGAGAUCCUCUGUCUUACCACCUUCUCAAGAGAGGUAACCGAGUAGUCCUAGGAGAGCGCUCUACUUCAGGUCUGCACACUGCCAGUGACACAAGCACCCUCAGCAGGCCGCACCCUCUGCCAGUAUCACCACACUUCUCACAGACUCACCUACAGGGAGCGUACUCAAACCAUGAGCAAACGACGAGACAAGGUCUGUGUUCAAUAGGUUUUCUCCUUUCUCCUGAUCAGAUACCUCUGGCCAACUCUGAUCACAUAACCAUCAUUUCUGGGUCACUUGCCUGUUUGUCCAUUAGCAUCUUUUAUUAUUUGGUGCCUCCACAAGGGUAUCCACCAUGCCUGCAGCUUGUGUCAUCUAUAGUCAUUUAUGUGCCACAUAUGCACUGUGCUCCCACUAUAUGUCACUACCGACUCUAGACUGCAGUGAAAGCAAAUGGUACUCGUAUUUUAUCUGUUUUUUACCUACUCUACAUCCCACUCACUGCCCCCUCCUGGUCAAUUCCUCCAUCCCCCUUCUCCUCUGAGCGGGUAGAAUCCCCCUGGAUAUCCCCCUGUCACUUUAAGUCACUGCUAGGCUCAUCGCUUCCACUCCCACUGAGGUCAGACAAGACUAGAAGAACAUAUCCCACAGACAGGCAACAGCUUUUGGGAUAGUCCCCGUUCCACUUGUUCAGAACCCACAUGAUGCAGGCCAAGCUGCACAUCUGCUGCAUAUGAGCAGGGAGGCCCAGGUCCAGCCUGUGUGUGUACUUUGGUUGGUGGUUCAGACUCUGAGAGCCCCAAGGGUCCAGGUUAGUUGACUCCUCUAGCGUUCCUAUCCCCUUUGGGACCCAAAAUCCUUUCUCCUGUUCUUCUAUAAGAAACCUUAAGUUCCACCCCCUGUUUGGCUGUGGGUGUCUGUGUCUGUCAGCAGCUGGGUGGAGCCUCUCAGAGGGCAGCCAUGCUCCCGUCUGUGAGCAUAACAGAGCAUCAGCAAAAUGGUGUUCUUAUGCUUUGGUAGCCAGAUGAUCCUCAAAAGCAGGGCACUUCCCACUGGAAUGUAUUUGUGUUGUGAAGAAAAAUGAGAUGGGAGAGGAGGAGGUGACAGAGAUUGAUGGCAGGUGUGGAGUAGCACUCGCUGGGGUGGCCAGGGAGGCCCGUUGGUAGGGUGACAUUUGACCUGAGAUGGGACAAGUGAGCCCCCACAGAGGUUUGGGUGAAAAGCUUUUGAAACAAAAGAGACAGCAGCAGAGACAAGAGCUGUUCAGGAGACAAAGAACAAAGAGAAAAGGCCAGCCUGGCAGAGGCGGCUGAGCUAUGGCGGGUCAGGGCUGGGGUGCAGAGGUUGCGGGAUGAGGAGGAGUGGGUAAGAUGGUAAGUCGGGCUCAGAGAGUGGGCGUGGACGGCAGGACGCUCUAGGGGCCUGGCAGGUGGUAAUAAUGAGUUUGACAUCGAUUCUAAAUGCAGAGGGAAGCCGAGGAGAGUUUGAAGCUCGGGAAGAGUAUGGUUUUAUUAACACGGCAGGGUUAGCCAGUAAAUACGAUGGCAACGGUAUUGAAAGUCUGCGUGUGGCUCCGCGUAAUAACAGCCUAUGGUGUAAAUAUUCUGCGUGGGUUUAGCCGAAAGCUGAAAGAAACGUUUUAUUCGGAACGUGCCGGCGGAAUUGUGCGUGGCUGUGUUUCUACUGGCUUAAUACUCAUCAUUUGGGGAAGACGUAUGCAGCUCUGGCCACGUGUGGGCAGAAAUUGUUCGUUGAAGUAGGGCAUGACAACUUCAGCUAAGGUCUCUUCUUAAUUCUGAUUACGCAUCCCUUGUGAUUACAUGUCAAAAUAUGACACAUCGGCACAGGCCAAGCCGGAUUUAAUGAAUAGGAAACCACGGGAUUCAUAUGAUUUGGGGGCACGAGGGGAAUUUUCUAAUGCCAGCCCACGGAUAAGUGACACGGAGGUUAUUUGAUUAAUUAGACAUGCAUAAACUCUCACUCCAGCUUCCCGCCUGUCAUCUGAAGAGCAAACACUGCAAACUCAGUGGUUUGGCACUCCAGGAUUACGAUCCCGGGGCUGCUUUUGCCACAGCCAGAAUAGUUCUCCAGCGCGAGUCUGUCUUUAAGGUAAGCUUUGACAGUGUCCUGCAUACGUAGUCCUCUCUUACACAUGUGGUCUCUUCUCACGUGCACGUCGAAGGCACCGCUCCCCCAGAGGUCAGACCUUUGUGGUGAAGACCACCAGAAGUGUCUGUAGAGAGCACCACCAUGUCUAUGGAGCUAAAACUUAUGAGGGGGUGGGUUAUGGACACCUCUGUGAGAUGUGAUUCAUAGAGCUGCCUAUCACAUUCAACUUUGACCCUUGUGAGAUUAUGCACUUUGAGAAAACCCAGGCCUGGAUCGGCAUAACUGUCAGAUGAGUGGGCAGUGCUAGCCUGUGUCACCUGGACCACAGGGACUGUGAAUAUACUAAAUAAAGGGGCAUUCACUCUCUUCCUCCUGGAAGAAAAGCAACUGCAGAGGUUCCCAGUAGGUAAUUCAAACACUUGCCUCCACUGGGGAGAGCCACUAACUACCACAAACUUUUCAACAUGGUGGCUUUGAAGAACGUUAUUAAUUAAGUUUAGCAAUUGUUGCCGGAAGGUCAGCCCUGACAGAUCCUGGUCUGUAGAUCUCAAUGUUCCUUUUCUAGUGCCAAUUUUUCUUGUGUUGUACAGUUGAAUUAAACAACUCCUUACUUUUUCACAGUGGCAGGGUAAUUAUUUGUCUUUCUGUAAAAGAUAUGUAGAGCCUACAUAUAUCAUGCCUGUGAGUGUGCCUGCCUUACAGUUCAGGACACUGACUGCUUUUCUAGGGUAGGAAUCUAGCAAGUUGUGGUAUAACAUCCCAACAUGGAUGUGCCUAUAGGAUGCUCUGUGCUGCCACCACAGCCACUGCCACAUUUCUGCAGUGACAGGAAGGAACCACCGAAUGCAGUCGGCCGUCUGAGAAGUUGAACUCAGUCCAGGUUUACAGUGUAGGACAGAGGCCUAGGAAAGAUGUACUAUUCUAGGGUUUUCAAGCCUUCCAAUGUGCUGUUUGCUUAGGCAGCGAAGAGAGAAACAGGCUGCACACAUAGUCCCCUGUCCUGAAGACACAGAUUGAGUAGCUGAUGUCCUGUUACACGGUGAGGUCCUGUGUACAUAUGUGGAUCCAUGUCCUGGUGAUGGCCAUGGAAGGAGUUGGGAUGGUACUGGUCUCCUUAUCCCCAACUCUAGGCCACGUGCUGCCUUUCAUUCAUACACCUUCGUGUUUAUAAAAUAGUGGGGGUAAAGUAAAACGUGCUCUUUGUGCUAGUAGCUCACGGGACCCCUGAGAUGGUUCCCUCUGCUUUGCAACUUUCUGUAAGGGCUCUGUGCAUUGGGCGGCUUCUUUGCUGAUAGGUGUCUGUGCAUUGCUUGUGGCCUACUGAUGUUUCUGGACUUUUUUUUUCCCAGCUUGAGAACAAUGUAAUUUUAUUGGUUCCUGGAGAGAAUAGCUGAGGGGGUGGGAGGUUGUUUUGUUUUCAUUUGUGGGCAAGAAGCUGGAAACCUCCUGCCCGACCUUGAACUGGUUGUCUGUGUGUGUGUGUGUGUGUGUGUGUGUGUGUGCAUGUGCUACCCUUCCACCCUUUUGUUUCCUUUUGUCCUUCAUGGCUGGAUGAGGAGUUUCCAACGAGCGGACAAAGCCAAAACUUUCCAAAUUUGAAGUAUCAAUUUAGAAAGACUUUCUCUUAUUUGUAUGAUUAUGGGCUCUCCAGAAUCCAAAUUCUAACAAUUAUCAGGGGAAAACAACCCAAAAAACUCUCUAAAGUUGAGCUUCUGAGUAUUCUUUUAGACCCCUUUUAUGUAACUGCCCUCCCUCUAUUCCUCCCUUCCUCAUUCUCCUCCAUCCCCUGUUCUCCUCCAUCCCCUGUUCUCCUCCAUCCCCUGUUCUCCUCCCUCCCUCCGCCCUCCUGAGUGAAUACAGAUUUAGAGCUAUUUUGUAGCAAAGACUGGUGUCAGCCAUGGUCACAUGUGUGUGGCGGCCUGAAAGAUUAUAUUGCCUGGUGAUACAGUAGCUGUCUUAGUUUAUGUAUCCUGCACAGUGACAGAAUCGCCUAAUGAUACUUUCUAAGAACACAUCACAUUUGUUAAAGCAAUGUCGGAUUCUCUGUAUGUGGAAUGUGUGCAUUCCCACUAGGUAUUUUCUCAUACGUGUGGAUCACACUUGUAUAGUUUUGAAUCUUGUAUUUUCAUUUAUUAUUAGAUCUCACCGUAUCUGCUUUGGAAACAAUUGCUAGCGUUCAAUUGUGUGAAUAGACACAACUUGUCUCCCUGCCCUUUGAGUGUCCUGUCCUAGUAUCCUAAUGUUUUACAGGAACACAGGCCGCGGUAAACAGUUUUGUAAGAAGGUAUUGCAUAGAUUGUGAGAUUUCUUUAGUAGGGUCUCUUACAACAUGUGUUUUUUUUUUUUCCUUUUCUUUUUUUCGGAGCUGGGGACCGAAUCCAGGGCCUUGCGGUUGCUAGGCAAGCGCUCUACCUCUGAGCCAAAUCCCCAACCCCACAACAUGUGUUUUAUAUGUUUGCCUGCAUGUAUGUCUGUGUACCACUUUUGUGCCCAAUGCCCAUUGAGGCCACAGGAUGCCUUUGGAUUGCCUGGAACUGGAGUCACAGGUGCUUGCAAACCACACUGUGGAUUCAGGAAACUGAAUCCUGGUUUUCUAGAAGAGUUAGCCAGUGCUUGUAAGCCAUCUCUCCAUUUCCCUUUAGUAAAUUCUUAAAGAUGGACGUGUUGAUUGAAGGCUGUGAACUUUUAAGGUUUAUUUAUUUAUUUUAUGUGAGUCUACUGUCACUUCUUCAGAGACACUAGAAGAGGGCAUCGGAUCCCAUUACAGAUGGUUGUGAGCCACCAUGUGGGUGUUGGGAAUUGAACUCAGGACCUCUGGAAGAGCAGUCGGUGUUCUUAACCUCGGAGUUAUCUCUCCAGCCCUUUUUUGAAAGGUUUAUUUAUGGCUGUGAAUUUUAUAGCGUUUUUGAUAAAUUGUGGAACUUCUCUUCAGAAAGAUCUAUCCAUUUCAAUAUCAGGAGGAGCAUAUGGAGUUUCUGGCUAGGAUGUCUAGGUUGAGUGCCAUAGGUUUUAGUUCUUUACCUGCUCAUAGGGAAACAGUGCUUAAUCCUUUGCAGUUUUCUUAUAUUAAAGACGAGCCUCUUCCUGCCUCCUUCUUAUUUCCUCCCUUCCUUCCCAUUCAUGUCCUAAGGCGAGCUUGGGAUUCUAUCAUUGCACUGUCUUCAUUGUAUGGCUUGUAAUUAUGCUCUCUGUUGUAUCACUGAUAAUUGUAUUGUCUUUAACAUCAUCACUCUGCCUCGCUGGCACAUAUUUUCCCUUGCUUUACCCAUUUGUUUGUUUGCUUUUAGACAGGAUUUUGUGUAGUCUAGGCUGGUCCAAAGGUAUAGACACGGAAGCUAAGGAUGGCUUUCAACUCUUGAUCUUCAUGCCUCUGGCUUUCCCUUGGUAAAGCAGUAGUAAGAAACUACGAUGCCAAGUUUAUCCAUUUUUAUUUUUUUUAAACUUCGUGGUCAUGUUUUGAUGUAUAGAAGUGAAUAUUUUUGUUCUCUUUCAUUGCUUUAGUGUCUGGGAAGACCAGUCCCUUUUUUCCUUCCUUGUUUUGUGUACUUCUUUAGAAAUCGUGCUUCUCUUCAUUCAAUGAGUUGGAAUAAUUUAUUUUAAUAUGUCAUCAGAAAAGAUGGACUGCAUUUUUCCUGAAUAUUUUAUCUAUUAUUUCACAACCCUACAAUGAGUUUAUGGGAAACCCUGUUUUCCUCAUGGCUCACCACGGUCAUGAAGCUAUGCAGUAGAAGGUCUGGUGAGGUACUAAGGGGCUAGGAUCACACGUGGGCAGUUCUAUUAAAGGUCAGGUCUUUAAAAAUCCAGUGUAACCUGAGGCAAGAGGAAGGCAGUUGCCUGGAAACAAUGUAACAAACAUUGCAAACCAGCCCCUGAUUUUUUUAGAGCUUGCUCUGCGUUUUCAGUUCUGACAGAACCAUUUAAAUAGUCUAUGGAUUUGGCCUUAUAGUGACCAAGAAGUAAAUCAAGGAAUUCAAGGGACUGAGGAGACACUGAGCUGCCUGGCUAUGUUCCUUCAAACAGUGCCACCAUUGCCCCCCUGCCUCUUUACUUAGAGCAAUGUGCCCUGUGACAUCGCAUGCACACAUUCCGAGACUUCCGUAUUUACCAGGUGCCUUGACUCUGAAGGCAGUUCAGCGAAACAAGGCCUGCAUCGAAGUGUCGUGGACUUGGCUUUCAAGAUAUAGAAAGCUGUACCCAAGGAGCUCCACUGCUGAAUAAGGCAACACACAUCCUUAUUAUCAGACUGUGGCAGACAUGGCUAAGUGCCCAGGACCCAGGGAUAAAAGGGAAGCCUCUUGCUCAUCAGCUGCUUUAGUGAACAGAAAGGCAGAGCUGGGACUGACUCUGGAGCCUGUGACGUCAGUAGUGCCUCUUCUACAACCUGUUCCGUCUCAGCUAAGACCACGCAGUAGACGUGAAUGGGGUGUUCUGUGGGAAUGCCUGUGCCAUUUCCUUCUUGAGUCAUGUGAAACUGUAGUAGCCCUGCUCAUAGUCAUAGACUCUGCUGACUUUUGUUUAAUCAAUAUGAUCUCUUCUUUGUGGUUUGGAAGGUCCUCGUACUCUAGGGGUCUGUGGCUAGAGAGGAAGUUUGGCCAUUUUGAGGAUUCUCCUAGCUAACAAUGUUUGCUGUAAAGUGCUCUAGAGUGAAAUUUGUCCUAUGGACAUCUCUUGUUUGAUAAAAUUGGUGUGAAGCUACAUUGGGUCUUGGUCGUUGGUUGCAUCUUUAAAGCAUGCUGUAAAUUGUGCAUGUGAGUGAUGUCAGACUAAAGUUGUAUUGCAGGGAUUUAACUGUGGGUAGAGAAACGGUAGAAAAUGGCAUGGCUGACUGGCUUGGGUAAGUGCUCAUGUCGUAGUUGUGUGCUUUGUCGGUGGCCAUGAAGACCCAGGAGUUAAGGCUUGUCUAGUGAUUCCUAGGGGAGUGAACAGCAAGAGAAGCAUCUGACUUCUCAGAGGCCAGGAGCCAAGAUGCUCAGGGGACAGGGGGCAUGAUAUGUAUCCAUUAAAGCAAAAGACAAUUCACAUGAAGCAGUUAAGGUGGGUGACAUUUAAUACCUCAGACAUGGUGGAUUUGAGUGGUGCUGUUGGAAGGGUACACGUGACAAUUGAUCUCUGUAUUAUGUUCCUCUCCACCUUCCUUAGCUUGUCUCUUACCUGAAUCAAAAGCCAGUCACCUGUAAUUCUCUGUAUUGGUUUACUUACUAUGCGAAGUAUCUUUUAGAAUUGCUCAAAACAUUAUUUUAAAGGAAACUGUUUCUUUCACUGAUAGUCUAAUAAACAUGCACCAUUAUAGUCUAGAAAGUCUUUGCAGAUUAAACAAAUUUUAAAAAGAAAAUUUAAGUGUCUUUGAGAUCUGUGUGUUGGCAGAAGCAGCUGGUUUCUCUAAGUUUUUUUUUUUUUAAUUCUGUAAUAAAAGGAGAUUGGUAUAUUUGAAUAAAGAGAGCACCGGUAAGUCUUGUGGGUUAGAUUUGAUUUCUGUUUUAUUCUUAACACUUGUGCCUCUAUUCAUGAGGAUGCUAAUUAUAUCUGCAUGCUAAUUCUUUGUCGUUUGUAUAUUUUGUACAAAAGCGCUUUAUGUUUUUUAUCUCCCCUUACUGUGCAGUGUAGUUUUACAGGUUAUUCUAGAAUAGUUGUUUCUGUGUGUUUUCAGAUUGACAAGUUGAAUAAAGAAAUUGAUUUUCCCCGGCACAGAACUAAGUAUGGAGUCAGGCAGGGAAAACAAAUAGAGCAGUCCCCUGUCAAUGCUAAUGUGUCAGCUUUUCCAGCUCCUUGCAUGAGCGGUGUGAUAACCAAUCUAAGAACAAGCAUUUGGUAUUGAUUCUCCAGCUUCGAGUAACAAGUUACUGCUUUGCCUCUUAUUGAGAAUUAAAUCAAAAUAAUUCGGUGCCUAUAUUAUGUCUUGGGAGAAUUCCUUUGCAUGAUUUAUGUUCUGUGCUGGAGACGCAGAUGGAUGUUGAAGAAUCAAAUGACUUCACAGGUGUAUAACUUUUUAUCUGUUUAUAAAUAAUGGGAGCCAAGGCUCUUAAAAGGUGUUUACAGGGUUACAGAAUUUACAUUUUUGUUAACCCCCAAUAAGUUUUAAGAAAAACAGCAAUGCUAAUUUCUUGAGGAUAUGCAUAGACCAUUUUGUAAAUCAGAAUUGAUUAUUACUUGAAGAUAGUGUGAGAAAAAAAAUCUGUACUGUUUCCUGCUCUCACAGUUCCAAUGCAGGGUUGUAGCUGGGCACUCUGUGUCAUCAAACUGUUGUUUGAUUUUGAGACUGAACAUUUAUUUUUCAGAAUUUACCACCUAUAAAUGAGUGAAAUUAAUUGCAGACAGGUAUAAGGAUGUGACAGUGCAUUUUUUUCCUAUAGCUGAGACGUUCAAAAUAAAUGCAGAUAAUCUUAAAUGUUUCUCUUAAUGCUUCCUCCUACUCCCAAGUUUUAGAAUUACUGUAUAUCAUUAUUAUUAUUAUUAUUAUUAUUAUUAUUAUUAUUAUUAUUAUUAUUAUUUUGGUUUUUUUGUUGUUGGUGGUGGUGUUUUUGAGGUGAAGUCUCACCCUGUAGCCCAUGCAGGUCUAGAGCUUACUAUGUAGCCCAACUGACCACAAACUCACGGCAUUCCUCCUGCCUUGGGUUUCUGAGGGUUGAGACCACAGACCUGGCUACUUUGUUUUCUUCUUUUUAAGAUAGGCUUUUCUUAUGUAGCCCAGGAUGGUCUCCAGCCUACUAUGAGGUUGAGGUUGGCCAAACGGAAUUCUGAUCUCCCUGCCUCUACUUCCCAAGUGCUAGAGGAUUAUGGUUGUAAACCACCCCACAAUUAUACCUAGUGCCGAGAGCAAAGUCAGUUCUCUGUAGAUGCAGAUGCCUGUUAUAGCAAGUUGUCAUCAUCAUCAUGGUUAUCGUCAUCAUCACCAUCACCACCAUCAUCACCAUCAUCAUCACCACUAUCUUCACCACCACCACCACCAUGAUGUAUAGAUGUGUAGAUGUAUAUUACUCCAUAUGGUUUCAUACUGUAUGAAGGAACAAACUCAGGGCUCUGUAUGUGCUAAUGUCUGGUUUCUUAAUUUUAUUCCUGUUCUUAUUAUUUUGAGUCACUCCAUGUCAAUGUGUAGCCCAAACUGGCCUCAGAUUUUCAGUCCUUCUUUCUUUUCCUUCUCAGUGCUUAGAAUAGAGGUCUAUGCUACUGUGCCAGCCCCAACCUUUUUUAUUUUUUAAUAAUGAAUUUUAUUUCUUAUCCACAUUCUUUUUCAUAAUAUAUUGAUGUGGAUGUGUGGUGUUCUUUUUUGAAAGGAAGCUUCAUGUUCAAGCUCAUGCAUUUGACACAAGACGCCAUAAUAAGGUCUUGUCUCCAGAUGAGUUCCAGCAGUUGUGUGUUGAUUAUCAAUGCCUAUUGGCAAACCAAUUGCAAAAUAAGUAUUCAGAAUACAAGAGAUCAAGAGGGACGACCAAAUCUUAGAAAUCUGUUGGAAAUGACGUCCACAAGACUUUAUUAUCAAUCUACAGUAAUUGAGACAUGUGGUGUUAGUGCAAGAUAGAAAGGCUUUGAAGGGGGUCUCUGCAUGUUCCAUUUGUUUAAUCUCUGUGUGGUGAGAUCUGUCUGUCUGUCUACAUGUAGAAGACCUGAUAUAUUAUCAAAGUUGGCUCUGCAGAGCAGCUCACCCUCUGGCAUAUGGCCUUUCUGUACAUUGGUGCUUAGUCAGCCGGAUUACCAUAUGGAGAAGAGUCAGCAUCAGCCCACAGCUGCAGUUGGCCAUGCACAGUCUGAAGCAAUGGGUCCGGUUUGGUUCAAUGAGUUGAUCUGAGCGUCGAUGGAGCGCACAGAUCAGUGAUCAAAUUGUACAGAAAGUUGUAGAACCUCAGAACUCUCCCUGGGGAAUCUUUCUAAUCCUGUCCUCAUCUCCUCUCCAGAGGUAGCCAUUACAUUCAAUCCCAAGACUACAAAUUACAGCUACUUUGUGCACUUAGUUUGUACACCAUAGAGAUACAAUUAUAUAGCAGGUGUCGUCUCUGCUGCUCCUUCUCCCCCACCCCUGCAUUAGCACAUCUAUUUACAUUGUUACACUGAGUGUAGUUCUCAGGGAUGACCUAGUGGUGCUUAAGGGCAUGGGAUAUCAUUUGGAUUGUUUGGGGGGGGGGGUGGGAGAGUCAUCACGUCUCUUCCUUUUCCCGUUUACUUAGCUAUUUAAUAAUUUAUCUUGUCAGUUUGCUGGCGGAUAUUUAUUUCAUGCUUUAGGUGACAAUCUAGCGCCACUUCAGUCUUAUUCAGAUUCUGUUCUCUAGCUUUCCCCACUGGAAGAUGUUUCUGCUGGCUCCUGGACCUCUUUAAUACACACCCUUUAUUGUGGUCGCAAUGUCACUUAAGCAGUGUCUUGCUUUUUGCAUAGCGGGGUAUCUCAGGCCAAUCUUUAUGUAUUUUUUUAACCCUAGUCCUAGAAUUUGUUCAUUCUCUAAGUAGCUCUAGUUCUUCUGUUUAAAUAUCAGUAUUGGAAAUCAAGACCUGAAACCAGACACAGUGGCGCAUACUUGAAAAUCCUAUAUUUGGGAAGUAGAAGCAAGACAGUCAGCGAUCAGAGGUUCAAGGCCAUCUCAGUUAUGUAGUGAAUUUUAGGCCAGCCCUAGGUAUCUGAAACACUAUAUCAACAAAGACAAAAUAAGGUCUGGCGAUGGAUAAGAGUACUUGCUGUGAAUCAGAAGGAUGUGAGUUCAGAUCUCCAGUACCCACAUACACAGCUGAAGGAGGCUGUACUAUAUGUGCUGGGGAGAAGGGGCAGCAUGGAGACAUGGGCUCACUGGGGACCCCUGACCUGCCAGUCAAUCUACAGUACAGCUUAAUCAGUGAGCUCCAGGUUAAGUGAGAUGCUUGGUGUCAAGGGAAUAAGUCAUAGAAUGACAGAGCAGGACAUUGCAUUGUGGCGCCAGCAAAUGUAUGUGUGUGUGUGUGUGUGUGUGUGUGUGUGUGUGUGUGUGUGUACCCUUAUAGACUUGUGCAUGCACGUGUAGGUAUGCACUUACAGACUUGUACAUAUAUGUGUGGUUGUGUACUUACAGACUUGUCCAUAUAUGUGUGGGUGUGCACUUACAGACUUGUGUAUAUAUGUGUGGGUGUGCACCUACGGACUUGUGUAUAUAUGUGUGGGUGUGCACUUACAGAUUUGUGCAUGCACAUGGGGGUGUGCACUUACAGACAUGUGCAUGUAUACCAUGCAUGCACACAUUCAUAGAAACUAAGAUCAUCAUGCUAACUGUGGUGGUUAAUGUUUGCUGUUAUUUUAGGAGCAGUUGGCUGACACAAAAUGGGUUCCAUGGGUUCCAUUUGUGUGUGUGUGUGUGUGUGUGUGUGUGUGUGUGCGUGCGCGCGCGUGUGUAUGUGUUGAGAGGUAUAGGGGAGAAUGAAUGGGAAUAUGAGGUUGCGUGAGGAGGAUCUAGGAGGAAUUUGAAGGAAUACUGUAUGACAAUGAAUAUUGAAUUAUAUUGUAUAAAAACAUUUUAAAAAACCAAUAAGCAGAACAAGAUGAGCAUUUAUCUACUACCAUUGAGACAUUCUGGGAAGCCACUUUGAUCUAGAACCACUGAGGAUAUCUGUUUAUGAGUGUGUCUGUGAGAGUAUUUACAGAGAUAGUAGGCUAAUGAGGAAACUGCCUACCCCAGAGUGGGCAGCACUACCUCACGGAAAGGGUCCCACCCUGAAUAUAAAGGCAAGAGGGAGGAAGUCAGCUGAAACCAGCAUCUUCUGCUGCCUGAGAUUCAAGGUGAGCCAGCUCAUGCCCCUAAUGCCGAGCUGGCCCUGCCUCGACGGACCAGCUCCUUUCAGACUGUGAGCUAAAAUACACUUUUAACUUCCUUAAACUUUUUUUGUUGGGCACCGUGCCACAGUGACAGGAUGGGUGUUGCAAGUGGGGCAUUUACGUUCCUAGACUUGUCUAUCAGACAGUGCAAGGAUAUAUGGGGUAAAUCACUUGUUUUGGGGCAGUGUACUCACAAAAAUUACUUAUUUUCUGGCUUUGGUCAUGAUUCAGCACUCCUCUGUUCUGCCGCUCAAACUGUUCGAGCAUUCGUUCUCUGCAUGCACGUACCAAAAACAUCCCUAUGUAACCGUCUGUCUGUAUGCUGGCUCGCUCCUGUUGAGGCUUUCUAAACUGUUCAGCUCAGUAUCUAAGCGCCUUGCUGCUGUCCUGGAACCGGUCCUCAGGAUUUCUCACUUGUAAACAGCAAACACGUUUAUUCGACAGGUGCCCUCUCCACUCCCCCAGGCCUUUCUGUGUCUUCUCUGCCUCAUUAAAUCUGACUGUUUUAGGUACCGUGUACGUGUGGAAUCAUCCGUAUGUGGCUGGCUAGUUGACUCAGCAUAGGGUCCUCCCUGCCCAUCAGUGGGCAUACGUUGUGAGGACCAUCUGAGGGAAUGCUACAGGCUGGUUGGCUCAAACAAUAGGGACUUGUUCUCUUCGCCCUCUGAAGCUGGAGGCUUAAGAUCAAGAUGUCAUGCGGCUGUUUCCUUUGUGGGCUCUGCUCUUGGCUUGCAGGUGGCAGGGUCUCCUGCUUCUUUUGCACAUGGCCUGUGUUCUUAGGCUGGCAUCCCUGGUGUCUUUGUGUAGAUUUCCUCUCCUGAUGAGGACAUCUGUCUAGGGCCUGCCCUGACAACUUCAUUUGAAUUAAUUACUUCUCUCCAGUCACAUCCCAAAGCCAUGUAGAGCUCUACUAUGUGGGUACUGGGAGAUGGGACACCGUGUAUCCCAUAACCUUAUAGUUGAUAUUAAGGUUGAAUAUCAUCCCUUUGUACGUACAGGUCGGCAUCCCUUCUUUGAUCCCUUUAUCUCUCAGUAGGUUGCUCCUUGGCUGUUGAGUCAUGUGGCUGUGCACAUCUCUUAAAGACCCUGUUUCUGGUGCUUUUGAAUGCAUAACCAGAAGUGUACUGUGAGGCUGCGACCUAAUCCUAGGAGCUUAGCCACAUGGUCCUUACAGGUCACAGGAGUUCCAGUUUUUCCACACUGUUACAAUCCCUUCGUUAUUUAUUUAUCUAUUAAUUAAUUAAUUAAUAUUCUUUUAAGAGUAGCCCAUCCUAAUGAGUAUUAGGAAACAUGCAUGUCCAACAACAUAAAGAAUCCAGAGGAAACAGGCAUACAAGGAUGUUCAUAAUGUUCUUGGCCUCCUCUGGCUCAACAGUAACCAAUUUGAAACAUUUUCUUGCUUCCACAACAUAAGACACUCAUCACAAAGAUACCACUGCACAAUUUUAGAAAAGCCGUUGUCACCUUUAAUCUUUUCUCAUUUAAGAUCGAACCAUAAAUUUCCCGCAUCACCGAAUAUUGAAGUACAAGAGUUUUUAUGGCUCUGUAAAUAGUGAUUUAAUUACUUUCUGAUUAUCGCACAAUAUAUUUUUCUAGUUCCUUCUCAUACAUAGUCUCUUAAUGAAAAUACAUGGACGUAAAUUUCUGACAGUAUAGUUUUUUAUAUAGCUGGGGAGGUAUUUUUUAAGGUUAUAUGUUAUUUUUUAAGGUCCUAGAAAUAUGUUGCAGAUUACAAAAUUGUCUUUGGUCAGUCUAUUCUGACAUCACUCUUCGGCUAUGUGGGAAGCCAAGUAUCACCUGACACUUAACACCACUGAAUUUUAGAAAAUAUUUUCAAAUAAGGAAGUUAAAAAUGGCUUUACUUUUAAUAGGUACAUUUUUCUGAUUAUCAAUGAAAAUAUGUAGCACUCAGUAUUUAUUAAUCUUUCAAGAAUUCAAAGCAGUUAAUAAUUUAUGUGACUAGGAGAUGACAUGUUGGAUUUUUAGAAUUACAAAUAUUUUCAUGGUGAAAGAGUCUGUUAAUCUUAAGCUUUAGUGUUUAAGAAAAAUGUGAUAUGCUUAAUAUUAAUGCCAGAGUGGUGUUGCAUUAUUGAUGGCUUCCUUGGUAUGUAAGGUUUGUAGACACUGGUCAGUGACAACUGCUCAAAAUAAAUCUUUUGGGGGAAAAGGAAGCUCAGGGUAAUCUUAAGAAUAAUUUAUUUUGAUGUAAAAUAAGAACUUAUUACUUACUGAUUAAAAAAGAAAUGGGAAUUAUCAGUUCUCCAAUGGUAAACAGGGUUUGACUACCUGAAAGAGGGAAUUAACUUUUAUACAAAAGCUGAAAUCUUUGAUGGAAUUCUAAGGAUAGGAGAGAUUUGAAUGGGAGAGAGGCUGACCAGGGAGUAGGUCAUCAGUCAGUCUGCAAAGUAGUCAGUCAGUCUGUAGCCAGGGGAGUGGAGCAAGGCAGAAAAGUCCCUGGCGCCUAGACACACGUGUGUAGUCUCAAUUUUUUCUCUCUCUCUGGGAAACAAGUUGAGCUCGUACAGAAGGGCUCCCUGAAGGGCUAUCAGAAGACCUAGGGCCCCGUGCUGUCUUUGGGGCAAAAUGUAGAUCAUUUCUCCUAACACCACAGUUUGUUGGAGUAGAUGUGACUUGGCACUAUUAAGAUAAAUAUUAAUAUUUUUUCCUCUCAAACCCUGCAUACUUUAGUACAGAGAGACUAAGGGCAUCUUUGCACGGCACAGUCUUUGUUUGGGGUCAAAUCUAUGGAUUACAUUUGUAGAGAGAACAGUGUAGGUUAUCCCAAAGAGGCUGAGAUCAGGCGGGAAACAAGGACUCUGGUCCCGUGUGGCAUAUAAUCCUGAGUCACACUUAAAGUAUUGUACAUGUUGCUGCCACAGAAGUCAGAGAGCAGAUGAAAACUCACACCGUGACUGAUCUUUGAGAAACAAUCCUUUGAAGUAAGUAGAAGAGUAGUGCUUACGUGGCCUCCAAGCAGAUCGGAGUGUGACGACCUCUUUUCCAGUAGCUCGUGCUUCUUCUCAGAGAUAGAUAUCUUAAUUGUCAUUGCUUUACGUAAGAGUUUAUGUCACCCAUGUUCUUCCACAGUGUUCCCUUCUCUCUUACAUUUUCAUAUGUUCACAUUCAGAUCCAUUCCACCCAUGGCUACAUAGUUUUCUAUAGUACAUAGCAGCAUAAUUUCCUAACCAGUCCCCCAAGAUUGGAUAGUCAAUGGGCUUUCCAUUUGCUUUUGCUUUGCUGUCGAUGUGUAACGCUGACGUGAAAUCUACAUGCUCGCAAAUACAGAAUCGUAUCGAGGUCUGUAUUUAAUGAUAGGCUCCCCAGAUUACUGUCUGAGAUGGAUAAGGAGUGGGUUUUCUCUCUCUCUCUCCAUAGUGGGCGUUUCAGUCACAGCUUAUCCGAGCAUUAGUAAUACUUCACAUUGACACAACACUUUGAUGUUUCCACAGACCACUGUUCGUUAUCUCAUUUGCAUCCUAGAAGUGGGUUGAUGUGGGGAUUAGUUUUAUUACCUGUGCUGGACCAGGAAGCCUGUGACAUGGAGAGGCUCCUGGCUUGUCUCUUCCUCAGUGGUGGCUGAGUCUCCUCAUUCCAGGUCCAACAUUAAUAAGAUCUUUGAAAGUGAUCCAGGACCUUGGCAGUUACAGGGGCCAGUGAUGAGAAAUGUUGUGGUUCAGCGGGGCACUUUUCUGUAUCUUCUGUUUUCUUUGUUUCAAAGUCAUCUGAUUCUUAUUCAAGAGACCUUCAAGUUUGAUAAUUUUUCUCCUGCUUGAUUAGCUGUUAUCAAAAAUGUAAAAAUGUUAGGUUUCUAGUUUGUAAUUCAGAAGUAUUUCUGUAUAUACUAAGGAGGUGUUCUGGGAAUAGGGCCUAAAUGUGACGUGGAGUUUGUUUGUUUUGGGUGUACCUUGUACAUACAAAACUCACUGUGCAUCUGUGUUUUGACAGUGACCUGUUAUGAAGUGCAGGUACACUCUUGUGCCAUAUUGUUGGCUUACAAAACAUUCUCAGAUUUUAGGAUGUUCUAGAGCAUGGAUCUUUCAGACUAGAGAUGCUCAACCUGUAGUGUGCCCCCCACUAGGAAACGAUCCUUUGUUAACAUCUUCAGACUUUUAAUUUUAAAAGGAAAAUAUGACACUUCAGUGGUCUUCGUGCUAAUCUUAACAAGCUCUGCUAAUUCUCACAGCCUAGACUCUGACAUCCAGAGAUGGAGACCCCCCUGAGAACCCAGAAAUCUGAGAAGCUGGGAUAGAAACUAACAGAAUUGGAGGCGUCCCCUUGAUUUAGCAGAGGACUGAAAUGUGCUGACUCAGCAGAUGACCGAGAUGUGCUGACUCAGCAGAACACUGAGAUGUGCUGACUAGGCAAAGAUCAAAGGCGGGAGAGGAGAGAGACAUGAGACGUCUCUUCCCUGACUCUGCCUGGGCUAUGCCCACCUUGUCUCCUUUCGGUUACCUAACUCUUGUUAGAAGGAUAGCAGCUUUGAGGCAGAAUUGUGUAGGCUUAUUUUCUUUAGUAAAUUUAUCCUAGUAUCACAGAGCUGUUUAUAUUUACUGCCCACCAGGUUAUACCCACUUUUCUGUGUUUGGUUGUAUGUGUGGGGUGGGGAGGGCACCAAGAGAAGUGGGAGGAAGCCGAGGGAAGCAAUGAGGAAGCAGAGGCAGUAGGGUAGAGCUCAAGUGCUCUUGGCAACAACAUCUCCUGAAGAAUGGUGACAAGUAUCACCAGCAUGGGUAUCGCUGUAACAUGCUGCUAACGUUCUUGGGAUCAGAUGCAGUACUUUUAUGAUGGAUUACACGUCUUGUGGAUUUGGGAAUGUGUGUGAAGGAGGCUGUCAACUAUGGGAAGACCCCUUGCUUUACUGCCGCUGUGUUAUAUGGAUAUUUAGAAUUAAUCAUCUCUGCUGUCAGCAGCCCGGAAUGAGUUAUAGAGCCAUACCGUUUGAAUGAUUCACACUCUUAAUGUUUCCCUCCAAGUCAAGCUCAACUGAGUGCCAUAGGAAGCCAGAGAAAUGUCCUUCACAGUGCCUUGUGGAGACGGUGGCCGCAGACCUAUUUUUUUCCCACGUCUGGCUGACACUUUGUAUGUUAGAAGUGUCACUUAAUUUUUGAAUUAAGAAACAUAUAGUAUUUUAAAGUAUACACUGUUUUUAAUAUCCACAGUCUGUGAUGACCUUUAGAAAAGAGAGGAGAUAAGAGAAACUUGUUUAUUAUGCAUUUUUACGGAUUUUGAAAGCAAUUUUCAGUGCCCACUCUGUGCCAAGGACUCUUGGGGCACCAAGGACGCAGUGUCACAGGUCAGCACAGAUUGGCGUCUGCGGGAGGUGCAGUGUAAUGGGGUAUUCUGUGUAGGAAGAGUCGUCGUGAAGCUGCAGAUUUUGUUGUAGGAUGCGGGAGGCCCUCAGGUACACCAGGAUUGUAUGGGUAUGCUCUAGGGGAAAACUAUUGCAGGGGAGAGCUUUGGGUGUUCUUUUGGGUGGGGUGGGCAGGUGGAGAGCAAUGGCGUUCAACUGGCUCAGGCUCAGAGCGAGGCUGUGGCCGAGAGUCUAGGCCAUCUCAGACUGGAGAUGGAUGAGUCGGGUCCUGAGUCAGUCCUCCGUCCUCAGGGCAGGCCAGUGGCGUGAUAAGGAACACCACAAGGCUAUAGUGUCAAAUUGGUUGCUUUACUGCAAAUACGGGAGGCAGCUAAGCUUAGGUAAUGGAAGUUGUUUUCUUUAGCACAUGGUUUUAUAUAUUCCAGGCCAAAACCAGGCCGGGCCAUCCGUGUGACCCGUCUCUGAUGAGGUGGUGUACCAUGGUGGGGGCGCGAAUGGAAGCAAAAAGCAUACAUUUUGAACUAGAGCAGAGAGAAGGGGGCUGUUAAUGCUUCCAUGGCUCUUUUGGGGAAUCAAUGACUGAAGAUCCCCUCUUUCUGAAGUUCCACUACCUGCCGGUAGCACCACCCUGGGGACCAAGGACCUUAACACGUAGACCUAAGAGGACCGUUCUCAUCAUGCCCAAAUCAGAGUACAUGUGGAGGGACACAUGACUGUGGCAGGAAGAAAAGCCAGGAGGCCCAUGGGGAUGGCCCCUGUGGAUGGACCCAGUGGUGGUUGGGUGAGGAGGUACCAGUGGAGGAGAGAGCUGGUGCAGUUCAGCAGUAUUUGGCCUAGAGAUGGACUGGAGGCCACGGUGGGCAGUGGUGGAAUCUGAUAUUCAUCAGAAGACUAUCAUGGGAGGAGAGACCCAGUCAACGUGAAGGCUUUACUUUGAGCCCCUGGUAGUACAGGGGAAGCAAAAGGGGCCUAGAAGUAUCUUGGGGUUCAGGGAAGGAUACUCUGUCAAGACAGUGUUAGCAGUGGGAAGUUGGGAAGUGAUCCUGCCCCUGGCAAGCUGACUGAAACAGCAGAAGCAGAUCUUGUGGACAGGAGACCAAGCUCUGGGGAGAGCCAGCAAGUGUCAAAAGCCCUGCCAGAAACUGGCUGACAGGGAAUGGCCACAUGACAGGAUGGGGCAGGGAGAGCUGCUCACUUUUCCUUCUUAAAGAUUAGUAUCUCAAAUGCCUGAGUGUGUGUCUCUUGAAAAACCAGCAGACCCCAAGACAGUGAGCAAAUGGGACAAAGUGAGUUUGUCUGCGGAAUGUGGGAGCAGGGGUGAGGGUGGGGGUGGGGAGGGCAGGCUGUAGAGCUGAGGCAAGACCAGCAGAGUCUGGUUGGGCGGGGUAGGUAAGGGGGCAGUGUUUCAGGACAGAAAGAGAGGGAAUCUGUCCAGUUUGCCAGAUGCUCUGUGACAGAGUUUAGGGCCACCGCUCUGCACCACGGUCCAGCCUUGUGACUAUUACAACUUCAUCUCUCAGGGAAUGUUAUGUGUUUUCUGUCAGGGCUUGAGAGCAUCAGAAUGUUUUCCCUUAUUUGUUCCCACUCUGUUGACCUAGGAGGCUCCUAGUGAAGCUGAUAAACUGCCCUGUACCAAAACAGAGCCUCCCCCCCUCGCCUAUAACAGCAAUUAUUCUAGUAGUUCAGCCAUACUGUCUAUAUAGAAGACGCUAAUUGUCCUGUGUGAUCAAAAGGUAUGUGGGCCCAUGUGCUCCUUUUUAAAGUCAGCUCUGCCUGAUUUCAUCCUGGCCGUCAGCUAGUUCUGCUCCUGACAGGUAAAUUAAUUCAGGGCAGCAGCUAGAAGUAGCCUGAAUUUAUUCAUUCCUCUGUGGAAAGCCCACUCCAACCAGUUGGUGCGUGUCUCCAUGGUCGUUCUGGGCAGACACAUUGAGGGGCUGGAAUCAGAAGAGGACAGACUGUUCCUUAAGCGCUAACACCCAGUCUGCCCAGCUCUGUGCCUGGGAGCCUGAUCUACUUGGAGAUAUCAAAUUGGCCAUCUUGACACCCUCAAACCAGAGGCAUCAGCUCAUGACCCUGAGUGGCUAAGAGAGUGACUGUGUAGAAAAGCAUCCAGGUUAAAACAUAGGCGUGCCGUAAAACAGGACACAUCCGUAAACAGCUCUUCAAGUUCCUAGAAGCUGAAAUUGGGAAACGCGUUGCGAAAGUGAAGACAAAAUUUAGCUGAGCAUUUGCUGUAGGGAAACAUGAUUGAUUGCCGCCAACAUGCACAGCCCUGAGAGGAAGCAUCCUCCUCCACCCUCGUCAGCUUGGGUACCUGUGAUUGAUGGCAGCUCCGUGCUGCUGCCAGGGAGGGAAUGCACAGAGAUAGCGUAGUAGGGACUUUGCAAGCGAGCCUCAUUUGGCUAAGUUACUGCUUUUGUGAGGCUGGGCCGCUGCAUCUUUAUAUUCUACCAAGGAGAAGAUGGUAAAUCAGAGUAAUUGCUCCAUCCCAAGGCACUUUUACACUGCGAAGGGAAAAGGUCCUGUUAAGAAACUCAAAUUAACUUCUGCUGGUUAGACUAUGCGGAAAGCCUCUUUGAAAGCUGCUUGUCAUUCAGCCUGGCAGUUUAUUUAUCGUGGAACAAUUCCAUUAGCGCCUGACACUUGUUCUCAUGGUGUGGAGGCUUUGGAUCCCUCAGGAAAAACAUUUAACCCUUGGAAAUGCAAAGCUGUCAUUUAUCUGUCACCUCUCCCUCUCUUCUUUCUUUCUCCCUCCCUCUCUCCCUCCCCCUCCCCCUCUCUUUCUUCCUCUCUCUUCUCUUUCUUCUCUCUCUCUCUCUCUCUCUCUCUCUCUCCCCCCCCCUCUCCCUCUCUCCCUCUCUCUCUCAAAAACACACUGGAGGGUAUUUACAAGAGAGAUUGUAAAGUCUUCAUUUCCUGGGACAUAGAAAUUGAGUUGGGACCCAGAAAACGAUCAGUAAAAGCUCGGUGCAGUGGGUCCUCUUCUAGGUAGCAGCAGCAGCAGCAGCAGCAGCAGCAGCAGCAGCAGCAGCUCCUCCACUGGUGCUGUUACAAGAUGCUCUUAUUAAGGCAUUAUGCAAUUUCUAAGGAAUUCCACCUUAAGGAUGAGAUAAAAUAAGGAAAUGGACUAUAACGCUUGAGGUUGGGAAUCUGUCAGGGACUGGAUGGUCGAUCAUGGCUGAUGUUGUCUCAGAUGAAGCGGUGGCUUCAGAUGGCUACUUUGUUGUUGUUGUUGUUGUUAGUGGUGGUGGUUUUUGUUUGUUUAGCUUGAUGUUUUAUUAAUUUUUUAAUUAUUUUUGUUUAUUUUGUUUUUGGCUACAGAAUUUGUUAAAUUCCGUCCAUCAAGGAUGGCUAGCAAAUCUUAAAAGAAUGAACCAAAAUAGUCACCAUUUGAAACUAACACCUCUCUCAGCCCGGCAUUUGCUAAACAAAGGAUGGGGGGUACCAUUUGUCAAAGUGUGUCAGGGGGCUGUCCCCAGAGAGGCAGUGCAAUGCAGUCUAGGAAUUCUGUGUCUGGUGCCAGACUGCCGGGCUUCUAAGUGAAGAGCUGCUCCUGGCUGCCCCGGGGAUGGGGCCAGUUAGCUAAGCUCAGAGCCUCCCGUUUUCGCCAUUGGAAACUGAGGAUAAUGGCUCUUGGGAGCUUCAAGAUUAUUAAAUGAAAUAAUUCAUGCAAAAUCCAUUUUCGGGAGCUGCCGUGAUUGGGAAAUUUAAUGCAAGUCAGAUGGGUCUGGAGACAUGGCGAAGAUCACCCCCAGAUUUACUUGGGGUGUUUGUGGGGGGUUCAUGUAGGUGUGACAUUUUAGCUCUCUCAGAACGUAGUCUAGAGGAGGCUCAGGCAUGCAAUGCCUUCAAGCGUCAUUGCUAUUCUGCAGGAGCAAUCAGAGGACCCAAGGCUGAGGUCUGCAAAUGCUCCCAGAGGAUCUCCUCAGGACUGAGGAUAAGAUGUAGAUAAUCUUCAUGGUUGGAGGCAAACAAGGAAGAGGGAGCCCACUGAGAAGCAGGCUGGCAGGGCAAGCAAAGUGAGCCUGGAGCUGAAAUUGCUUUGCUUAGAAAGGAAACGCCAGAAUAAGAGAGCAGUGACAUCAUAAUGCUCCUGGGGGAUUGAAGGGGCUGUUUGUGCAUUUUUGAGCAGUUCUCUCCUUUGCAGGUGUGUAACUUCUGCCAUGGUCACUUCAACACUGUCCUCACAAGCUCCCUCUACUAUCACUGUUACCACCACCACCUUGACUGUCACUGUUACCACCACCACCUUGACUGUCACUGUUAUCACCACCACCUUGACUGUCACUGUUACCACCAUCACCACCACCACCACAUCACCAUCACCACCACCACAUCACCAUCACCACAUCACCAUCACCACCACCACAUCACCAUCACCACCACCACCACCACCAUCACCACCACCACCAUCACCACCAUCACCACCAUCACCACCACCAUCACCACUCCUCACCCUCUGCCCCCACCACGAUCACUGUCCUGGUACAACCUCCCUCAUCAGCACCACCAGCCGAAACCAUAUCACACCCCUCACACCUUGCUCUAUUCUGGUUUCACUGAUUUGGCUGACAGUUCCAAGUGAGGAUCCCUCCUCGUAGGAAAGCCAACUCGGGCGCUCAAGCAGCAGUCAGAGUAGAGAGAGAGAGAGAGAACACACUCUUCCAUGCUUGCUUGCUUGUUAGAUUUCUCAACUCUUAACACAGCCCAUGAAAUGGUGGUGGCUGCAAAUGGGUCUUCCCACCAAUUAACAAUCAAGACAGUCCUCCACAGACAUGCACAGGCCAGCCCGAUCUAGAUGAUCGCUCACUAGAAGCCUCUUCCCAGGUGACUCUACCUUGUGUCAAGUUGUGUCAGAAUUGACCAGCACACUCUCCCAGGACCAUCACCAUCCCUACCGCAGGCUCACCACCUCUCACCACUACCCACACAACCUAGAAGCACCAUAAGGGGCUGCAGCUAGGAGAGCUUCCUCUUUCUGACAGGUUGGUGCUCUGUCUUACCUUGUCUCUAAUUGCUUCUCUUUACCUAUUUAAUCCUAGAUGCCUUUCUGGCCAGCAAGUCUUCAGAUCGAGGGAAUUGAUGGGGAACAUCUCAGCAGUCUUGCUCUCCUCUCUUUUGAGACAGGAUUCUGGGUCUUUUAUUAUUUAUUUUAGAAAUAACAAGAGAUGGUAAUUAGUUUGACUCAUCAAAUUUAAAUCAAUUGUUAUAAAUUUGGAGCGUCUGAUUAGACUCCUUAAAUUAUGCACGGUGUCUCGUGUUGCGGGCUGAGACUGAUGGAGUUUCUGAGACACGGCAGUCCCCUCCUUGCCACCAGUUGCUUUUCUUCUCCCUGUUUACCUUCUGGGUGUCCAUGGCCCUGUCAGUGUGCUGGCCAAGGACUCAAAGUGUCUGAAGGAUGGCCUCUGUGGUAGGCUGCUCAGCCAUCUUUGAUGGAGAACAGAAGGAGGGGAGAGUGUUCCCUGGUGUCCCCACAUCCUCCGGUCUUGGGAAGAGUGAGAGAAGCCUGUUCUGAGGGGAGUAAUAGGGACAACCAGUGGGCAAACCUAGGCCACAGAAUUCUGAACACAGAAUUCUAGCGAAGGACGUCACAUUGCCUGCCAAGGGUGAAGGUCACCAGCCCCAAGCUCUGGAGAGUCAUCCGGCAGCAAUCUUUGCAUCAGCCACUCAGGGUCCCUUCUACCCGACCCUCCCACAGGACCCAGCUCAGAGCUUAUCUACAUAUCUGGUGCCCAUGCCGCUUAUGAAUGAGCUCCCUCCUCCUUUCUCCCUAAUUCUGAGACAGCUUCUCAGCAGCAGGAAAGGUUGGCCAUAGCCCUGAUUAUUCCCUCACCCGUGGAACUGAUGUGUUGGCUUUGGACUAAGCUGUAGUUCUGCUAUUUGAAAGGUAUCCUCUUAAAUACAUGGUUACCAGACUAAGGUUCCCUAAGGGACAGGAGCUGGUCACUCUCGUCUCCCCUCCUACCUAAUCACUGCUGUGGUUUGGAGCCCCUUUGCCGGAAGCAUGGUCUCUAGUGCAAUGGAGCUGGAACUUUUGAAAAGGUGGAGUCCAGUCUAGGUGUUCUCUGCAUUAGAAAGGGCUUAGUAUUCUUUCCUAGAUGGUUUGGUUCUAGGAGUGAGCUGCUGUGUAAGUGGGCAUGGGUGGUGAAUCCCUGGCUUUCCCUCUUGUAUGAGCCCCCAAAUGACUCCAUCUACUAUGCUAUAACAUAGCCAGAAGGCCAUCACUACUGAUUGAAUAGAUGGGACCAUCUGACCCUGGACAUUCAGCUUCCUAAACU